AUGCCAAAUCUAACAAACCCGGUGUCUUGUUUGCGACCUCAGCCAAGGCUGGGUGCGAAGUGGUUGAAGACUGACAUACAGGUAAGAUUUAAACAGGUGGUGGGCUAACUCAUGGCAAGAUUAUAUCAGAAGGGAAGGGUAAAUAGUUCUUCGAACCGGUGCUGACUUCAAAUUUUCUUGGCACGAGCCUCACCUUCAUUUUUGUGGGAAGCAAUAUAUGUAAAUCGAUCAGUUCUUUCUCUCGCCGCGCCUGCGUUUUGAACUUUAUUUCAAAAUCCUUCAGUGUAUACCUUAGUUUUAGAUUCAUCAGUACCUCUUUUUGACUCAUACUGGGUAAUUAAAGUUCAAGAUUUAUUCGAUCUUUACCAAUUCACUCCUAAUACAGUACAUACAUGCAUGUUUUGAAAUUUGAACUGAUGUCAAGCCGCAAAUGCUAUUUUGUUAUCAAUUUGUUACCGUCGCUAAGCUGUUAUUUAUGUGUACUCAUACCCGGCAAUAAUUCGCUUUCUUAUUUCUAUCAUUAUAUCGCAAAUUAUAUUCUCCGCCAGGUUUCAUGAUAUAGCCUUUAAUCAAAUUGACUGAAACUAUGAUUUGAAGUGUAUCUCCAAAAUCGAUACUUGUGAGAGUAUUGCAGGUGUGAUGUUUACUUGCUAAACGCUUCGCUGAAAGUCGUUACAAAGUUGUUUAACGACUAUGUUCGAGGGUUGAUAUGCACCUGUGAAAUACACUUGUUAAGCAGAGUAAUGCUUUUAUUACUUUGAAUAAUAUGAAUACAUACAGGUGGAUGGAAAUGUGUACUUUUUUCCUGUGGUUGAAACAUAUUUUACAGAGGAUUUUGUUCAGAAAGAACUGCUCAAUAUUUUCACCCUAUUUAUACGGAUUAGGAAGAACCUGGUUGAAUGUUAACCCUUCUCGGUGGUUUUCCAACCAGCCUGUACACAAAGGAUGCCUCUUAACCCUUUCACUCUAAGGAGGGACCAACAAGAAAUUUAUCUGUACAAUAUCCAAAAGCAGCAAGGCAAUGAGGAGGAAAAUAUCAAUUAGAGGUUAUACUUGAUUUAAGGGGAAAUUCUCAGAGCUGAAAUGAUAAGCAACCACGAGGGAUGGUACAGAGAACAAAAACGAUCUGGAUCUUGGGAGAGAGAGGAUUAAAUACAAAACAAUAUCUUGACUACCUCAUUUAUGAGGCAUAUCACACCUACUCCAUAUGAAAAUUGAUAUAGCAAAGGUGUUUAUCCUGCAUCUGUUAACCCUUUAACCCCCAUGAGUGACCAGGACAGAAUUUCUCCUUACAACAUCUAUACAAUAUCAAUCAGAUUAGUGAUGAGAAUAAAGAAAAAGAUCAAUAAAGGGAUAAUGAGUUGAUCCAAUACUAAAUUCUCUGAAAUAACAUAAUAAGAAUGGUAUGGUUGACGGUAAGGAGAAUUACAAGUUUGAUCUGAGUGUUAAAGAGUUAAAUCUUUGAGUAGACAGGUUAUAAUUUGCCCCUUAUAUUGUAAUUCCAUUUUUUGAACAGCUAAACAUCUCAAUAUUCAAAUACAACAUAGAUACAUGUAGGGUGACCCAGUGCAUGAACGAAAUGCCCUAUCAAUGCAUGAAUUUUCUCCUAAGAGAAUUGGAAUGUUUCUGAAUGAACAGAUCCCCAAAAAUUCUAGGUAAAUGAGUUCUUAAAAUUCACACAAAGAAAUUAGAUUGUCUAAUCAGUAUGUUUGGUCAAAUUUCAGCCUGAGAUCUCUCCAAAUUCAGUUUGAAGUGGAUUGUUGUUCUCAAACUAGUAGAAAUCAUUUGCAAAUUUCCUUCUUCAGACAACUCAUAUUGCUUUGGCAGUAAUCCUCUUUAGCUUGUAUGUUUUGUUUUCUUAAUAGAGGUCAUGCAAUGGUACUUUAUGAUACUUCAGGGAACUGCUUUUUUUUUUCUUCAGAUUUCAUCCUUUUUCAAGUGCAUAAUUUGUAGGCAUAAUUUCCUUAAGACAUAAGUAGGAAUUCCUUUGAGAGCCCCCUUAGGAAAACAACUGGUAUGAGCUUAAGAGGUCAAUUGUUUGGUUGCAUGUAUCUUUCUAAAGUUUACUGUACAAUGAAAUCUUAUUUAGAUGCGAUCAUAGGAGUAUCAUUUCAGUUGAACAAUUGAAAAAAUAAUGCAGGUUAGCCACAACUAUCUACAGUUUACAAUUGCAAGAAUUUUCAUUGUGUAGAGUUAAAGUAAACAUAAUGUUUUUAAACUUUUCAGACUGCCUUCUUGCCUGAUGGUUUAAAAAAGCUAUGGAAUGAGCUAGUUAAAGAUGGAGAAAUUGUGAGGAUGGCAUCUGAUGUAAAGAUGAACUGUGAUGGCAUUCCUGCUCAGAAAGGAGAAACAGGCAAAUUUUAUUGUGGUCGUUGUAUUCUUAAAUGUACUUGCUGUGAGGGUCAAUGUGGCCCUAACAAAGGUUGUAACUGUGAGCCUUGCCAGAAAUUGGACCAAGAAGACAGGGAGCAAAAAGAAGAGGAGGAGAGAGCCCCUCCUGCGGCAGGUCCCCUGAUGGACUCGUGGACCUGGGGAGAGCAACCAAACACUGAACAAUUAAAAGAAGUACUACAAGGACUUGUCUUUGAUCAAAGAAUGCUUGCAAGCCAAGCUGCAGGAACAACAUUGUCAGCAAUGAGACUUCAGCAGCGUUUAGCUGUGUUAGGGCGUUAUUUUAUUGCUCUUUCGAGGGAGCAAGCAUCCAAUGCAAUGAAGAUCAGUGUUAAAAAGGGUGUGAAGAAGGAGAAACAAGAAACUGGUAAAAAGAGGAAGAAACGGGGCAGUGCUGAUACAGAACAGGCUUCACUGGGCCUCGCUAGAAUUGGUGCCAGGGCAGCGUUGUCAUUUGCAUUUGCUUUUCUACGUCGUGCCUGGCGAUCAGGUGAAGAUGCAGACUUGUGUCGUGAGCUUCUUGAUGAAGCAUUAGAGGCUUUGCAGUGUCUUCCAGAAGCAACUUUGUUUGAUGAAGCUUCCGUGUCUCCUGUUUGGUUAGAAGUGGUUGAACGGGCAACAAAGUUUUUACGAUCAGUUGUGGCUGGGUGAGUGUCAGGGUACAAUGAUGACUUAAUCUAUGGUUAAGUGAUAAUACAUUGAAGGUGUCUUGGAUGUGAUAACUUGUAUGGCUUGUUCUGAAGAACUUCUUCACAAUCCCCAUUGUAAUUAUUACUGAGUGCUGGUGCAGACAAACCCAGAUUAUCCAGACACUUGGGGACCAGGCUAAACAGUUCAGUUAACCCUUUAACUCCCAGAUCAAAUUUGUAGUUCUCCUUACUGUCAAUCAUAUAAUUCUUAUAAUAUUAGUUCAGAGAACUUAGUAUUGGAUCAACUAAUUAUCCCCAAAUUGAUAUUUUUCUUUAUUCUUAUCUCUUGUCUGGUUAAUAUUGUAUCGGUAUUGUAAGGAGAAAUUCUGUCUUGGUCACUCAUGGGAGUUGAAGGGUUAAAUUGAGGAUGAUUAGUCAAUCCAGUACUAAAUUCUCUUGGCUAACAUUAUAAGAAAUGUAUGGUUGUCAGUAAGGAGAAUGGCAAAUUUGAUCUGGGAGUUAAUGGAUUGAUUGGCACUUGAUGAAAAGUUUGCUUUCUCAAAAUCAACAGUUAAAAACUGAAACCACAAAUGUAUGACAACUGAUAGUUUUUGGUGAGAACAAAAGUCUGAAUUUGUUUGCAUGAACCUCCUACUCAAUGGGUGAGACUUGAGUGCUCAAAUACUUAAAAGUUUGAUCAGUAUGCAAUCUUACAACAUACUGUUUGUCUUAUUAGGAAAGGAAAUGAAGACAGAGUAUACUGCAAACCUCUUGAUUCUGUUCCUGUAUCCGAUCAACAUGUGGCUCUGGGGAUCCUUUUAGAACUUGGUGUACAGCGAGGCACCCUACAGCACAUGUUGGAAGUCAUCUUGUUGCUGUUGGAGCUGUGGGAUAGUGGACAAGAUAAUGACACCGACUCUUGUUUCACAUCAGCUCCUUUAAUUCAUUUAUUGAGACGGUUUGAGGAAGUAACAGGUGCUUCUCAUAAGGCACUGGAACCAAAUAAGUUGGCAGAAGAGGUAGAUUUCCAUUCUCUUCAGGGACUUAUGAAACUUACCCCACUUACAACCAUACUUGUAUUUUUGUGAGCAGCUUACACAACUGAGAACACCUCUGCUUAUUGAGGUUACAUGUACUCUUGUGUUAAAAAAGGUCACCAACAAUUAACUGACAAUUGGUAAAAUUUCUUGCAUAAAUGUUUCAUGUUGUCAGGAUGCUGUUUUAUCAUAUUUAAAACAUUUUGAAAAUUUUUCACAUCAUCAACUUUUUAACAAAUGGAUUCCGUGCUGCUGUGUGUCUGUUUAAUUAUCGAUCAAAGAUGACUGAUGUCAAAAUGUGGCAAGGAUAUUCAUACAUUUAUAUACAUAAAUGGCAUGUAUGUGUGGACAGAAAAGUGGCACCGCAUUUGAUGUCGUCUGUAAUCAGUCUUUUACUGUACAGACCCACUACAACAUGAAAUCUGUUUGUUUUAUAUAAUAAAAGAGAAAAUGUUGUCAGUGGUGACAUUAUCUUUGCAUCAGUACUCCAAUAGAUAUAUGUAAGUACAUGUAAUAGCCAAUACAAAUGUGUUGAUAAUUCAGCUUAUCAAUUUAAUCGUAUUGCAUACUCUACAGUACUUAUGCAACCAUUUCUCUUCUUGAUUUAUCAUUUUUUAAAUUUUAUUUAUAUAUUCUUGUUUAUUUUGACUUGUACAUGUACUAGGUUAUGUCAUCCAGUGUACCCAAAGUGAGCCCAACUGAGUCAUUCUUACGCUACCUGGCUCUUCCUGAAGACGAAGCAGAGUUUGUUGAGCUGCAGCAUUGUGCUGUUGUAUUGGUAUCACACUUGGAUAGGUUGGCUGCUCCAUAUCUGCCACUUUCUUCAAAUCAAAAGGUACACAAAGUGCCUCAAUGUUCCUCUUGACCAGUUUUAUUCCAAAUAGUAUUUUCAAAUUGUUUAAGUCUUUAACUCCCAAGAUCUGAUUGUUAAUUCUCCCCUCUAGAUGCUACAUAUUUCCUUGUAAAUUAGUUGCAAGAAUUUGGUGUUAGAUCCACACAACAUCUUCUACCUGAUAAGUCUGAGUAUUCCUAUUACCUGCUUUCUGGAUUAUGUAGGGAGAUUAUGGGGAGAAGUUACAUGUUAAUCACUUCUGAGAGUAAAAGGGACUUAAUUCACUUUGUUUGUCUCCCAAAACUUAGGGACAGUGUUUUAGUUAAUUUUAAGAAUGGUGACUUCAAAAUUUAUAACAUUAACUUUUUUUGUCCUUUGUACAAAUUUGAUGCUUGAAUGAUACAAACACAAAGUUGAGAGUUCUACUGUAUGUUGAAUGACUUGGAAACCUGCAGAAAAUCAGCCCUUUUUUGCCUGAAGAUCCUUAGUGGCACACAUCUCCCCUUCCUUAGUGCCGAGUCUAAAUGGAUGUCAAAGAAGGCAAAUACGUUUGUGUUGACUCAAAUCAUGUAUGUGAUGAUGUAUUGUAAUGAAUUUGUUUAGACUCCCAGUAUUGGCCUUGUUCAAGAAGUCUUAGGAUGGGGCUGGCUAUCAUGGGGAAAUGCUGGUCACACCUUGGGCCCGACAACCUUGGGUAGCCUUGUGGAAAUUGGAAUAGCUCAGAUUUGUUGUGCUGAAAAGUGUUUUCUCGCGGUUACCAAAACUGGCAAGGUUUACACUUGUCUGUACACUACAGAGGGACAGGUGAGAGUAACUGAAAAAAAAAGAAGCUUUUAAUCACUGUUACUACAUGUUAUAAAUGUCAGUUUCCUGCAUUCACAGUAAAAAUCAUUUACACAGUCAUUGUUGUUAUCAUUUUUGAUGAUUUCUGUUUUUAUUAAUCUUACAAUGUUGGAAAUUUAUUCUUAUAGGGUCCAGUGCUUAUUGAAUCUCUUGCUCAUAAGUGUGAAAUAAUCAAAAUUGCAACAAAUCCGGAAUGUAAACAUUUUAUGGCUCUGAGCAGAGAGGGUGAAGUCUACUCCUGGGGAUCUGGGGAUGGUGGCAAGUUAGGUCAUGGAGACAAUAAGUAUGACAUAUAUUGUGCAUCUUUAUUCUUUCAACUCCAUUGAUAAGUGAUUAUAACUUUUGAUGAUUUUGAACACAAGGGCAGUCACUUGCUUUUAAUACAGAUGUCAGAGGCAAAUGCUUCCAAAAUGCUUUUAACCCUUUAACUCCCAGAAGUGAUUAAAAUGUAACUUCUCCCAAUAAUAUUCAUACAUUAUCCAGCAAACAGGUUAUGAGAAUACUCAAACUUAUCAGGUAGAAGUUGUAACCUUGAUCUAAAAUCAAAUUCUUGUAACUAAAUAACAAGGCAAUGUGUAGAAGCUAGAGAGGAGAAUAAACAACUGGAUCUUGGGAGUGAAAGGGUUAAGGAUUUUGAACAAAAGCUUGUUUUUUUGCUUGAAAAUGUAAGUAAAUAAGAAGGUACUUAGUCCAAGAAAACCUUGACCUGCAACAGUGUGCUUGGUUCAGUUCCAUGCCCUUCUCUGUCUCAUUACCCUUUGAGAUGUGCUGUGAAAGCACUGGAAACAUGUUGAUUGAAUUCAAUGAUAAUGCUAAGAACUAUAAUCAAAAAGAUCUUCAUACUGGUUUUUCUCACCACAGAAGUAGAGUAAUAAUUUGUUCUGUAGCUUUACGAUUUGGGAGAAUCAUAUAAUUUUGAUAUUUACAGUACCUUUUUAUUGUUCCUUUGGUGUUAGUUUCUAUGACGAGCCAACCCUGAUCACUGGUCUUGCUGGCAAGCAAGUCAUCCAGAUUGCUUGCGGAAGUAGUCACAGUGCUGCUGUAACAUCUGAAGGAGAGCUCUACACUUGGGGCCGAGGCAACUAUGGAAGGCUAGGGCACGGUAAUAAUAAACAUUGAAAUAAUAGAGUACUUUGUGUGUUCGUGUGGGUGUGAAUGACAUUCAGGAUAAUCCAGUGUUGUAUCUGUUUGAAACAGAAAAUGGCUGUGGGGUAGUAAGGAGGGCAAUAAACAGUUGCCCAGUUGACACUACAACUGUUCAAGAUAGAAACAAUGUUUUAUUCAGGAGCCUAUGAUCUCACAGAGUACGUUGUAUGUUAGAAUGACUUCUAAAACGUCAAAUCAGCACUCACAAGUAUUUACUUAAAAACUGUACCUUUGCAUUUUCAAUAUUUAAAUUAUUUUUUUCCAUCUCAAAUUUGUUUUUAUCUUUGCUUUUAGGAAGUAGCGAAGACCACCUUGUUCCUGUGUUGGUAAAUGGUUUACGUGGAUAUCACAUCAUAGAUGUUGCCUGUGGGAGUGGUGAUGCACACAGCUUAGCUGUAGCUGAUGACGGUGGGUGUAUUGGUAUUCUACACUGGCACUUUCUAGAACUAGUUCAUUCAAAGCCUGUAUUAUCAUUCAUAAACAAACUACUUGAAUUUUCUGAAAUAUCCUUUUGUCUCUAAAGAUUUUUGCCAUAAUUUGCCAGGAACUCUAGCUUUCUCAAUGAUGCAAACGUCGUCAGUUCAUAUGAUACUGAGAUCGUUACAGUGAACUCAUUUUAUGUAAUGUACAUUAAUUAUUAUUGAUGCUACCUUAACCAACAAUGGCUGCAUAGAAAUGCGUAUUUUCUGCUUUCAGGCACUGUUUGGUCUUGGGGAGACGGAGACUAUGGUAAACUUGGUCACGGAGGAAGUGAUGGUUACAAAGCCCCAAAAGUUAUUGACAAAUUGCAGAGUCUUGGUGUGGUGCGGGUAUUCUGUGGAUCACAGUUUUCAGUAGCACUCACACGAGAUGGACAGCUGUUGGCUUGGUAAUUUUUUUAAUCUUCAUGUAUUCGUAGUGUUUCCAUUUCAUUCAUUUUAGUUUUAUGACAUUUUUGCAUUCCUGUUGUCACCAAUUUAAGAUUACACUGUAUAUAAUAAUUUUCGUUAGCAGGUAAAAUUCUGCAAUUUGUCGUAUGCAGCAGAGUGACUGAAAUGUGUACACACAGGACAUAUAUUACCCUCCAAGUGAAUUCUCUUAGUAGGGUGGAAUGAGAUAAUGUAAACACACUGUCCAAAUUCAUGUGUUUAACUCAGGUUCAGAUAUGAAGUUCUGCGAAGGAGGUUUGCGUCAAAGUGUCCUGAAGGUCACGCGCGCGUGACAUGAUCGGAUCGUAGCUUUUUUGUUUGGCUUGUUAUUGUUGCUUUAAUUUGUCUUAUGUUAUGAUUUCUUCAUUUGGAUACCAGAAGUAGUGAUUGGCAAUAGCCUUGGUUACCCUGAAUUGCUUUUAUUGCCCUCUUGGUUUUAAUUACUAUGCCUUAUAAUUUGGCAUCGGCAGGUAUUUCCACGAUGUCGUCUUCUUUCAACGUUGCAAACCGAGAACCGGCAAAGCUUCCUCCCCUUUUCUUCCUUCACGACAAGUUUCUGAGCGUUGUGUUACAUUUUUUCGUCAUUUUUUAUGAUCUAUAACUUUAUCAACAAUGGUUCGAGAAUUACUACAGUUACUGUAAAAAUAAGACUUGUUAGUUACUGCGGAAGACGUGCUUGCAGUUUAAAAGAUUUGCACAGCUUGUCUAUGUGCAAAAUGAUAAUCAUAGUUCAGAUGUAAUCAUUAUUCACCUGGAUAUAUAUCUUACAGGGGCAAAGGGGAUGGAAGUCGCCUUGGUCAUGUGACAGAGGAUCACGUGCGCUAUCCAAAAGUCAUUGAAGCAUUUUGUGGAAAGAAGAUAAUUGACUUUGCUGUUGGCUCAGUCCACUGCCUGGCAGUGACGGAAGACGGUGAAGUGUACAGCUGGGGAUGGAAUGAACAGGGACAACUGGGUGACGCCUCCUGCAUGAACAAAGCUGAGCCUACUCUCAUAUCAUCCUUAGCUGGCAAGGAGAUCACAGGGGUGGCUUGUGGUCCUGCACAGGUAGGUCAUGUCCAUCAACAUGUUGACUCAGUCAGAAAGUCAAGGCUGAGACUGAAACCCCAAGUACAACUUUAGGCAAGCUGAUUAUUCCACUCCUAGGAAUAAUUCUGUAACGAACUGUAGGCACUCACUGCGAAAUUUAAGACACGAAUUAUGGAGAAAAUUGUCUAUGGAUGACAGAUCAGCCAUAACACUUAACCCUUUACAUCCUAACAUUGAUCAGUAUGCAUAUUCUCCAUAAUUUCCCUAUACAUUUCUUAAGGUUCUGAAAAGGAGAAUGUGUUGAACAAUCACUAGCUUCUUUAGUUGUGGAUCAUUUCCCUUAUUCUCAUGACCUAAUGUAUAAUUCAGGGGUGAUCUUGUAAGGAGAAAUUAGAUGCUGGUCACUCUCAAGGGUUAAAGGGUUAAUGAGUGCAAAUGUUGUAUCCCCUGCUCAACAUGACACUCUUAAAUCUUAUUAGAUUAUUAUUUACAUUAAAUUAGCUAUGGAUGGUUACCUUUAUUGUUUAGCUUUAUGUUUAAAACAUUUUAGACUGCGUUUUUGUAUAAUUCAUAUAGGAGUGUAUUUAUUUUAGUCGUUUUAAUUUUGUACUUUUUAUUAGUCUGUGUCCCCUAAUUAGAAUGAGUUUCUCCCAGGCUACAUGGUUGGACUCUUAAAUAAAGUGUUUAUUAUCAUCAUUAUUGUAAGAAAAUUCCCUUGGAAGGACAGUUUAUAUUUUUGUCCCCUAUCAGGUACUGAGUUCCGUGUGCAUUUUUCUCUACUUAUCAGAGUUUUGCUUGGUCAUCCGCUGGACACUGGAAUGUAGGGCUGCGUCUUCCUUUCUGCCUUGAUGUAUGUAAGAAGACAUUCGAAUACUUGGAUGCACUGCUAAGACGUGUAAGUGAAGACCUGACAGGCGCCCUCGACUGGCCCCCUCCCCCACAGGAGAAAGAAUGCAUUGCUGUUGCGACAUUGAAUUUAUUGAGACUUCAGGUGAGUUUUGGUUAUUAGUCAUUUAGAAGAUUACCGUUUAUACUAAAGUUCGGAUAUAACAUGCGCUGUCAUUGGUUGAAAGAGCGUGCGCUAUGAGAGUAUAGAGCAUAGAGCUGAGCUAAAGCUGUCACGCCAUCUGCUAAAGUGUACUAUGUCCGACCUUUUCCGGGACUUCUCUCUAGCCUUUUUUCGUUAAUUGAAAGUGAACAAAUUUCGGAACAAGCGAGCCAGCAAGUAGCAACAGAAGAACCAAGCAAAGGUUUGUAAACAUGCCAGGCGCCUCAAUUAACGUUAUUAUAACGUGAGCAGAGACGAAAAUCCUCAAAGAGAAAACGAAGUGGAUAGUCCUUUACAACAGAACAGAGCACAGUCAAGGCCUCUCUAUAUGUUAAUUAAUAUCUAUUCAACAGAUAUAUUCCAUGUUACUGUGUCUCUGUUCAGUUAUUGACCACAUGUGAUGUCAAAAUGUGGUAAGAACAACAAAAAAAGUGGCACGCGAGGCGAUGCAGAUUGUGUCACUGAAUAAGUGUUCUUUCCACAUUUUGACUCUUAAGUGGUCAAUUACUGAACAGACCCAUGGCAAUAUGGAAUCCAUUAGUUUUGUAUGAAAAAAUAGUAGGAUGUUGUUGAUGGAGACGUCAUUUAUGCGUCUGCCUUUCAUUAAAUCGUUGGUAAGAAGCAUUGAAAGUGCGCGCAUAAUUCAGCUUAUCGUAUAAUCAAUAAUUGAUAGUUAUUUAACCUUGUUUUUUGUUGUAUCAUUGGAGAACAGAAAUACAAUUAGAAUUCAGAAAUACAGUGCAACAGUCGCAUUACUCAUUAACUGUCCACCGGACAUCGUAACGACUUUCAAGGAAUUUUCAUUUUUGAUCCUUCCCUUCCUUUAUUUUGAACUCAGCUUCACGCCGCCAUCACGGGAAAUGUAGAUGCUGAUGAUUUAGGGCUGGGAGUGGGGAGUAAGCUGCUGCAGUCAUUAAAGCAACAAGUGGUGUCACUGGCCAGCAACAAAGGAGUGCUUAAGACUGUACAGGCAGCAGCUCAAGGUGCUCUGAGCAAUGGAUGGGUUCUGUUAUUGCCCACGCCAGAGGAAAGAGCGAGGGCUUUGACAGAGCUCUUGAUUGAAAGUGAGUGGUACAAAUUAGCCAUCUUUUGCCUUUGAUAAUGGUCUUCUUUCAGAGUAGAUUGCUGUCGGAAAAAGAUCAGAUAUAAGUACCAUUUGAUACCUUCCACGAAAAGAAGAAGUAUCCACACACCCCCCCCCCCCCUCCCUAACUCCUUCUCUUCUACUACCCCCUGGAUUUUCUGACGGAAUAAUCACAUGUAUCUUGAUCAGCGAAGAUGUGCGUAGCAAAACCGUUUGUUGAUUUUGUUCGCGAAGUUCUUGACUACUGUACCAGGGUAAAACGUUCUGUAGAUUCAGAACAUUCGUGGAACAUACAAUGUAGAAAUGUAUCGGUUACACUUGGAAACAAAAGAAUUAAAUGUAAUAAAAAUUUGGACACAUCAGUGAAAUGCAAUUUUAUUAAUAUACACUGCUUACUGCAAGUAGUAACUUGCUUCCUGUUUGUUUUGGACAAAUAUCUUCAGCUUGUGACAAGCCGACCUCUUCACCAGCUGGGAAGAAGUUCAUGUUGGAUCUUUUGAUCAAGAGUUUGAUGGCAGAGGGGAGCCUUGAGUCGGCUCUGGAGACAACUAUUGACAGUGAAAUUAAAGGUGGCGCUGGGGAGAAUGACAAAGAGAAAACAACAGAAAGCAAAGAUAAAAUUGCUGAUGUCCCUCUUCUUCAUCUGGCCCAGCAUCUGCUGAAGACAUCAUCAGCACAGGUGCUGGGUGAAUUUCAACAAUUGUUUCUGAAGCCACCAAAGUUACAGUGGCCUUACAUCCCUCCGCCCCGACCCAUGACAGUAGAGCUACUACUCAAGUUACAGAGGCUUCUUAUCGGGAGCUUUUUCUUGUAUCAUGAGGAUGAACGACCCUGGUAUUUGGUGAAAGGUAAUUGUAGCCUGAUGUGUUGGUGUAGUUUUGGCAAGUGAAUGCUCAGGAUCUGAAAUUACUUUGUGUAGAACUGUGGCCCUUCAAAGCAAGCCUGUAAGCUACAGGGCAAGGUUAACUGUCAAGUGAAAAGAUACAGACCUAUUCUGUGUUUGGAGAUUGUGGCGUUCCCACAUUUUAUGAGCAAGGUAGACUUGGAAAAUCGUUCAUAAAGUGAUGCUGAUUUUCCCUCCCGAUCGCGGCCUCGUUAUCUUUACUAUGAUAAAGUUUGUAUGAUUCAUACAUGGAAAUGAUAUGCCCUUCCUAUGUUCUGGAUUCUUUCUAAUUCUUUGAUUGAUAAAAUACUCCAGUUGACUAAUUUCAAACUACUUUCUUGCAGGUGAGGAGAGAGACCUCAGUACUAAGCAACAAGGUGCCGCAUUACUUCUUCACAAGUAUGCUACCUUGCUUUGCUCCCAUACUGGUGAGAUCCUUCCAGUAGCCUCAUCCCUGGCAUCCAAUGGCCCACGCCAUUUCGUAGUCUCUUCCCAAAUAUUGCAACGAGAGAUGACAGGAGUUUUACUGCCUGAAUUUUUGACGUCGAUGGUUCUUCUACAAACGUGCAUGCCAAGUGUCAUGGACUCGUCCAGAACUGUACCACUGGUGGGUGGUCUGUUGGACUUGUUGGACAAGUUUAACCGGCUCGCUCCCGGUGUACAGAAAGAGGACGAGGAGGACCUAGCCUGGCCGGGUGGGAUCGGCAGUCCCACUCCAGCUCGGCGGAAAGCUGAUGGUGAUGUCACUUUUAUUAGGCCGGAAGAUUUAGACAAUCAUAACAAAGAUGGCGGACUUUGGGUUGUUAUUCAUGGCAAAGUUUAUGAUCUUCAAGAUUUUAAGGAUCAGGUAUGUUUGUUUGACUUACGAAGCCACAGUUUCAGGUGUAAUAGCAGGUCGGGUUUGUAGUAGGUUGACGACAUACAUGUAGCACGUAUGUUUGAGUUUGCUCGUAGAUUUUAUCUUUCUGUGCAUUCACGUAAAUAAGCAGAGAAAGGCUCUUUUCUCUCAAACUGGUCACCGAAGACUGCGUGUUGUGUGGUGUCAGGUUCUGUUCAUUCUGUUAUUACGUUUUGUGAGUUUAUUUUAUGACAAUGUGUUACCGUUUUAGGCACCCUGCGGGAAAGAACUGCUGCAAUCUUAUGCAGGUUAGGAACUGUGCGGUGAUAAUCCUAUAGAAGAGUCUUUGAGAGACCCUGCAAUUAUAGUGUGUUUAUGGCGAGUGAACAACUAUUAUUUCAUUAGAUUAAAUUUUUAAAGGAAAAGAUGGCUAGAGAGAGUUUUGCAUUUGCCAUUGAGACUAGCCCAUGAGCCAGACGAAGUAGGGAGGUACAGUAACGCUCAAAAUUAAGUUGACAGUCUCGACUCGAAACUAUUGAGAACUAUUUAUUUUAAGGAAGCACAACAACAGCCAAAGAGCGGUACUGUUCCCCCAUAUCUAUAAGCUAGUUCCUUAAUUCUUGCUAUUUCGGCUAAUCAGUCAAACCAUGUAGGUCUGACUUCGCUUGAUAAUGGUGAUUAAUAUGACUUUUUAAUCAAUUUUGUAUCCAGCUGCUGAUGCAACUCAAAUUUUUGAGGAGACUAAACAUUCUGUCGAGGCAAGGGAAAUGAUGCAAGCAUUCUUUGUUGGUAUUUUUGUAGAGGUAAUUAACCACUUAUAUAUAAUUCAAAGUUUUUGUUUACCAUAUGAAUGUUGUAUUGAGGUCGAAGUAGAAACGUGCUCUUUUUCGCUAUCGGGGUUCCUGUUUUCAGGCCACGCAAAAGUUGGUGAUUUCACGUGGCUGUUUUGCAUAGAGCGAUCAAACACACAUGCGGAGCUAUUGUUCUGCAGAAAAACAAAUUUUCUCUCUUGAAGUCCCGGGUCUCCAGGACACAAAAUAGAAGGACAGGUAAACUGGUCGAAGCUGUUCAAACCGAUCAAUAAAUGAGGACCAAGUCCUAAAAAGCACUUAACCACAGAUACAACAAAUAGUUGGAGAAUGAACUAAUAAAAGCGUCUCAAACGAGCAUGGUUUUGUUAUUUCUACCUAGCCAAAGAUAAAAAUGGAUAUGAUACUGUGUUCUCAUCUCUGUUGCAGCCUGAUCAAGAGCUAGCUCUGGACAGUGCGUUGUCUGUGUCGUCUCCUUUGAUUGACUGUGAGCGUACGUUGGGUCUCUUACUGGGUCUUUACGCCUGUCAUCUGGCACACAGCACUCCUGUAAGUGUAGUAGAAGAGGAAAAUGAGAGAUGGCUGGCCUCUGAUUUCUUCUCGGGUGGAAUGGCGGCGUCAGCUGAACUAGGUGGCAAUGUUGGAAGGUAAAUUUUCGACAACAGUCUUAGUUUGUAGUAGUCCAGUGUUGUGUGACUUUGAUACCUGAGUGUUUCUUCAGUGGAUUAUUGUCGCAAUCUAAUUCAUUCUCUAUCUUGCGUGAUGCUCGGGGUUCAAAAUUUCUGAGAAAUAAACUAUACGUUUUUAAAAGAACUGACAAACUUCGUGCAGGUCCCAGCCCUAAGUUUUGUCUGUCGAUUUGGAAUACUUGAAUCAAAAAGUGAAAUAACAACGUGUCUGAUGGGAAGUAGAAAUCCAAUUUAUUAAGAUGAAACAAGCUCGAUUGAUCAACAACUAAUCCACCUCCGCUGAAAUUAGUUUGCUCUGAGGCUGUGAGCAGAGGAAGAACUCCUAAAAAGAUGAGUUAUUUUAAGUUAAUCCGCCUUUUUCUUCCAGGAAAGAAAAGGAGUCUUCAGAAGACAAGCAGGAACCCUUUUCGCGUCAAAUAUCAAAUAGUGAUCCGGCCAAACCUUUCCUGCAGUCUCUCACUUCCAGCAAGUUAGAAGAUGGAACAGCUUUGAAAUUCCUUGCUGCCGUUGAACGGUUUUGUAAGCAGAAGCGUUUUAUAUUGCCAGUUGAAUUCCCAGCUGAUCACCCGGUAGAGAAAGUGGGGAGAAUGUUGAUGGCUUGCCUCUUAAAACACCAAGAGCUUGGUAAGUUUUCAUGAACUCGGGUCAACGUAUCAUUCAGCAAGUUAAUAACGAACGCUCGAGUAAAUCAGUAAUCGAACGUAAAGAUGAAUAAAUGACCUGACUUAGAAGGAACGAACAAAACGAAGAGCUGGCGGGCAAAUGAUAACACGGGGAAAUGGAGUAUCAGAAGGGUUGACGAACGGAGAAUUAGACACUUACUGCUUUAUCACAGUUGGUGGAGCAGAUGGGAGGGGGAAAUCGUGGUUGUAGUUGCUUUAUUUUUUAUUAUUUUUUUUACCUUUUUUUUUUGUUUUUUUUUUUUUUUUUUUUUUGUAAAACGUUUUCUUGUGCCAACGACCAAGCAAAGGACGCAAAAGGGAUAUGCGCCUGGCGUAGUGCACGCUGAAUGAUCCAGAAGACAUUUCCUUUGGGCAUCAAACCUAGGUUCGUCAAAUUUCACACAAUUUUGUGCUUUGUUUUGCCAGGUAAUGCAGCUUUAAGCAUCAUAGAGGGUGAGAGUUCCUCUCCACCCUCACCUCACUCAUCAUCAGGUCAAGACAUAGCCUCUGGUCCUCCACAGAGCCCAUCUACACACUCACCUGUUGUUACGGUGCCAAGACCUGUCGCUGAAGUCCUUAAAAUUGUGUAUCAGACCAAGUGCGCCCUUGUUAGGGUAAGCUUCACCACUUUGCUGUUUCACAGGGUCUUUUGAGACGUUUAUGAGCGUACAGUGAAAACCGUGAGCGUCGUUUCCAACUUUAAACCACCAUUAUCACUAUCGUCGUUUACUUGCUGUAGAUUUUGUUUUGUUUUGUUUUGUUUUUUUUUGGGGUUGGGGGGGGGGUCGCAUGUUAAAACUAUUAAUAUUAAUUUGCAGUUCUAGUGGCUUCAUAGUCAUAGUCUCGUAAUUGUUCCAACUUUUUUCAAGGCAAGACAAGAAUCAUCUCGCUCUUAUGAGGAAGUCUGCUCCCCAGCCCUGGAGAGAUGCCAGUUCAUUUUCACUGAUCUACACCCUGCCAUGUCCAGUGAGGUGUCCACACUUUCUCGUCUCAGGAUACGGAGCACUCGGCCUAGGUGGGCUAGGAUUGUGCAACAAAUGAUUAAAGAAAAGACGUCUGAGAGAAAAGAUGAACCUGUCGUGAGCGAAGGAGGAGAUUUUGUCCGUUCAGAUGAGGAUCAUUCUGAAGAAAAAGCUUUGAAAGAGAAAGAGAAUUUGGAACAGAAGGCAAAACAGAAAGUAUGUGGAGAUAGUUUCACAGCGGCUCAUUUGUCCUUGUAAUAAAUCAAAGAGGACACUUGCAAGGUGUUGUCUCUCGCCUCGUUAUUGUGUCGAGAGAGCCUCAAGAUGAGGACAGAGCAUGUAUUUUAUCGCUGUAGCGUAUUUGUUUGAGUUCCCAGAGAAACAAUUAAGGACGAUAAUUUUUUGUUGAAGAUCUUUUUGAAUAGAUAAGAAUGGCUUCUUCCGUAUCAUGCAAUAAAUUCGUUGUGGUCCAAUAGAACUGCUAAUAACAUUCAUCAGUUUACAUUUUUCAACCUGAGGUACAGUAGAUGUUGUUGACGUCUUUGUGUUCAUUGGUUUCACGCAGAUUGACCACACCGCCCUCAAUACGUCGUUGACUAGUGCGCGCAAGGUAAAGUGGCUCCGUGAGCGAAUGAUUGGUUCGUCUACGGAGACUUUGUUGAUGAACCGCAUAAAGGAGUUUAUUCUUCACGAUGAGCCAAUAGAUGUGGAGAAGCUGCGCAAAUGUCUUCAUAGACAGGUUUGUCAUUGUCAGCUACCAGUGUUGUAGAGAGUUGCCUUAUAAGCAUCAGAUUGUUCGGAGAACAGAUGAGAGAGGCUUUAAAUUUCCGCCUCUGUUCUUCAAUAGCGCCAAAUGUAGCUCAAAGCCCCGAAGUUAUUAUAAACGUGUUUGAAAGUAACCUCUUACGUGCACUUCAAUAACCAAUGACGUUUACUUAUUGCGUUUCAACGAUAUCUUUCCUUGUUGGCCACUUAGGGUGGGCAGAGACAGUAGAAUAAUUCUCUUUGUAAUGGCUUCAUAGUGACCUUCGUAGAUGUAAUGGUAUUUUACAUCAUGAUUAUUUUGGCGUUUGUUGAAGAGGGUGUUAAAACUGUAAUGAAGACUUUGUUGUCACAUUCACAGAUGGAGAGGGGCCAGCGCAGAUUAGAAGGAGCAGAAACACUGCUGUCUCUCGUAUCCAAAGAAUAUUUCAUCCCUUCUGUUCGAUACUCAAUCUUGUGCGGAUGGCAAGGUCUCCUGUCCACUCACACGCAAGCACAGUAAGUAUAGAUUAGCUAAGCUACAGCUGAAGGUGUGACGUUUUUGCCAAGUUGAAACGUAAUGUUAGAAGAACAUAGUUCUAUUUCUUUUGAAACCCGUAAUAUCCCUUCAAAAAAAGUCAGACUUUCCUUCCCACAGAAGAUCUCAUCAUCAAUGUCUGACAGAAAAUGGGUUUAUGUUGAUAUAUACAGUUGUACGUAAGGGAACUAGCUAAACAUUGUUUGGACUUUUGUCUUAGCGAGUCUCGAACUUAUGCGUGACGUUUAGAUAAUUCUCUCCCCUUCUCGCCCUAUACUAAAACUUUCCUACAAUAAGACUUCAUUAUAGCAUGCGCGUCCACGUGUUGUUACUAUCUUGCAGCAAUUCCGUUCCUCACUGCCUAGCUGAUGUCGGUCUCAUCCCGCCAUAUGAUCGCGUUAUUCUAGAAACAGCUUUCCGUAGAAUCAACAGUUGGGCUGUCAAAACUUUGCGGGAAGCGAUCAUCUAUGCCAAUGACACCUUUAAGAAAGCUGAAGCAAGUCCUAACACUACCCCAGACGAUUUUCACGGUGGUCUAUCUUUAGGUGCUUUGCCUGUAGCACGGUUUCUGCUGGCAACCUUGGGUAUCCUGACCGCAGAACACAACGCGAGUGACAUGAGUCUGAUAUUGAACUCGGGUGCUGUUGGUCUGGCGCAAACCAUUAUGCGCUUAGCAGGGCCUUGUGAAGCUACCGGAGAAGAGGACGCCAGUCUGGCUGCCAUCAUUGAUGAGGCGAAGGCAGCAAAGAAGGCCCCCAUCAUACCAAUGACAGGACCGGAUAUGGCGAAGAGAAUGAAGAUAGGAACAAGGGUGGUGAGAGGCCCAGAUUGGAAGUGGGGUGAUCAGGUUGGGUUUUUGUUUGUGUAUCCUCUGCAAAUUUUUGUUACUUAAGAGCUGUUAUUUUUGAGUAAGUAAUGCAACUUACACAUGUUUUCAUCAGGAUGGACCUCCGCCAAGCGAGGGCCGUGUUAUAGGAGAGCUUGGAGAGGAUGGCUGGGUGCGCAUUCAAUGGGACACCGGUAGUACCAAUUCCUACCGAAUGGGCAAAGAAGGAAAGUUUGACUUGAAGCUAGCGGGGCCUCCUCCUGCCCCAGAGAGCAGUGAAGAAGAGGAAGAGGAAAUGAAAGGUAAAUAGAAUGCAUCGUGAACUAUUUCCUCAAGAUGAUAUAAAAAGCAAUCAGGCAAGCAAGCAAGCGAGAAAACAGGCACGUAGGCAGGUAAACAGGCCGUCGGACGGACGGACAGACGGACGGAAUGUCAAGCGGGUAGGCUGGCUUAGACCCCUAUACCCAGACAGACAGACAGACAGACAAGUAGACGCCGUAAAGAAUUUCUAAAGCUGACGUUUUUUCAAGCGUUAGCCUUUCGUUAGAGCGAAUUACGAAGGGCUAAAGAAACUUUAGCUCUACAAAAUAUUUACGGUGGCCAGUUAACGUUAUCAACUCAGUUAAUUAAACUUAAACCAAUUAACUUUUUAUGCCCUACUGACGUAGCACCACAGUUGCUUUAGAAACCUUCCCCCUUUAGACAUACAGACGGACAGAUAGGCAAACUGUAAAAUCGGCGUCGGGAAGUUUUAAUUUGAGUUGCAGAACGUUUUGGUACUCGUGUUGCCAAUUGUGUUGUUGUUGUCGUUUCAGAUGCUUCAAAGAAAGAGAAGACAGAAAUCCAGUCCACCCAUCCUACUGCUUUAAUUCGCCACUCUUGCGUUUGUUUAUUACAAGCCCUAGCAAUAGGCUGUGGUCUCCAUGCCAACAGCUUACAGGUCGAGAGUGUCAGAACAGUCAGCAGUCUUCUGCAUAAUCUCCUUGAUGCAGGCACAAGCGUAGGCACAUCAACAAGUGGUAAGAACCUUCAAUGGGAUUCAGAUAGACGAGUUGUUUGCUUUUACUGGAUGUAUUAAAUGCAAUGUAAGGCUUUUCAUGGUAGUUUUUGCGACUUAUACACUGUGUUUAGUUAGGUUGAGGCUGACGGCUAAACUAAAAUUAGCGAAACAUUUCCUACUUUUGAUUGAAUUGUUUAGUACAUUUUCCUCCAUUUCAUUUGUUCAAAUGUCAACUGGAACAUUUUCUUGAGUAGUGUUCAAAGGGAAGCUUGAUAGAAUCGUAUUUGGCUUCCCGAGUUUAACUAAGUAAUUGUUGAUGAAGUAUACUGACAUCUCAUUUUUUAUACUUUUCCCGCGUAAAGGUCAAAGUGAUGAUAUUUUGGUUGCACAGCAACAUAGAGAUUGGGCCAAGCUUGGUUUUAUACGGGGUAUUGCAGUAUCACCUGUCAUGUGCUGUUCCCUCAGUACCCCCCAGUGGGUGUCUCUUCUCCUCAGGGUGGUGAAGGGAUCGCUGCCUGAUGGAGACUUACCUCCUUCUAAUGUGUCUGCCGCCCCUCUGCCCCGUCAGGUAAUGUCUUCAUGAAAGCGGUUUGAUACGCUUUUAAGUCAAUUUUCACGGGCUAAUUGGGGUAUGCACAGGGAACGCGACCCCCAGAUAUCUGGGAUACACUUUAUUUCAACUCUAACGCGGUUAAUGCGAAUUUUCCUAUGUGAUUCGCUGGUGAUUUUUAAGGUGGUGCAGCUACUGAGCAACAGCAACAUCAAUAACUUAUUUUGUAACUUGGAUUUAGAUUUUUGGUUCAGCAUAAGGAGUGUAUCACUUGCCCUAAGUAACCGUAGGAGACUAAAAAAAAAGAAAGGUUGUCUUGUGUGAAAAACAGGACAGCCACAAGUAUAUUGUGGAAAUAUUCGAAAGUAAGAUUUGUGUACAAGCACAAUUAAUGUAUCAUCAUUUCGAGAACAGAGACCUAAUUCCUCAUUUUGAAGCUAAUACCAUCUUAAGCCAUGGUUUCAGAAUUUAGUUAAGUUUCGUGUUUGAUGUUUACUUCAUUCCUGUUACGGUAGAUCUUGGCUUUGCGUUUGUUAAGAGCUGUUUUACCCUCGUGGGAUGUGACUAAGGCGUCGUGCAGAAUGUCAGAAGUGGUGGCUAGACUUUUCGCUCUACUUGGAAAAGUAUUGAUGACUUGCCAUGGAAGCCUCCCGGUCCAACCACCAACUGGUAUUAGAAACGUUUCAUUUAUGUGCGGAGGAAUAUUCAGAGUAUCCGUACUUGAAUUUCUUUCAAUUGUCUUAACUGUAUCAUUCUACUUCUCCUACAUCCUUUCUUUCUCUUUCUUUUUUUUCUUUUUUCUUUUUUUUUUUUUUUAAUUCUGACUUGCUCUACCUACAUCUUUUCAAGGCUAUUUUAACCUUAAGGUUUCGAACUCUAGGAUUAUAAAUGAUUUCCACAUAAAUGCCUGUGGUUUGAUAGAAUACUUCAAUUUUGGGAGGGCACAUUACUAAGAGAGUCUCGUCUUUUUUUAUGCACAGACAUCUCUUGAAACUAAAUAAAGCACUUAUGUCCAAAGUAUAGGUGAAAGGGAUUUUUCCUCAAGGUACUGAGAAUAAAAGCGUACCAUGGAAAAUUUACCUUUGGUCUUAGGUUAGAGCAAACGUGACACAGUUCUUCUAAUUGUUUUUGACCUGAAGGAGAAAAAAGUCGUCGAAGUAGACGCAAGCCAAGAAUCCCAGCCUCAGUGUCGGCCACUUACAGCAGCACUGUUGCAGAGGAGUUACUCGCCCUCCUACGGAAGCUUCAUACUCUUGAGGCCUGGAAUCCACUUGUUAAUGAGUUCAUAAGCGCUCAAUUGAAGAGUAUUGUUACUAUGGUAACGUUGGCUGAGCCAGUUCAAGAAAAUGGAGAGACGCAGGUGGGUCCUUUUGGCAGUUAGAUUGGCGGUGGAUCAGUCAGUCAGUCAGACAGACUGCCAGUCUGUGAGCUAUCGCUUGUUCGAUCUGUUGCACGGUCAGUCAGCCAGAAGUUAAUCAAUUUGUCUGUCAAUCAGUCGGUAAGAUCUCCGAUCAGUCAGUUAGUCUCUUACUCAGUCAGACAGUCAAUUAGUAAGUAAUACGUUUGGUAGGUCAGACAGUCAGUACGUCGGUCUUUCUCUCGGUCAGUCGGUUGAUUAAUCAGACAAUUUUUCAAUAAGUCGGUCUCUCUCUCAGUAGUCAUUCCGUCGAUACAAAAGCUGGGUUGGAAUUGUUCCAGCUGUAGGGCUUACAUUGCUGCACUUACCGUUUCCAUCUUAUGUUAUAAUGAAGUAUCUUGUCCAUUCACUCAGGAACUAGAGGGCUCUUCACCACAGUCUAUUGACCAGGGUCCGGUAAUGGCCGUGUUAGCAGUUAUUGGUGGCGUGGAUAACAGGCCUAGAUUGGGAGGACUGGUGCAUCACAAGGAGUGGGGACUGGGAACAGUGUGUAAGAUCGCUCCGAAUGGAAAAGUGACCCUACAAUGUGAAGGCCAACAGAAAGCAAGAAUAUGCUCGAUAUCACAAGUCAAACCGGUAAUAACCUACAUGUUUUCACAUCAUUCUUCUUUUUUACACAGAAAAGGAACUUAACAAAAGUGUCGCUCUCGAAUUUGGUAACCUUAUUUAGCCCGAAUUCAGAACUUUAUUUGUUCGUGUUGCUAAACACUUUUUGGUUUUUCCGCUUCGAUGCUGUUGUUGUUGUUGUUGUUGUUUGUAAUGAUAAUGUUGAUACGACUUGUUAUUUGACCAGUAGCGAUUGUAAACUCUUUAGGUGCCAGUCGUUCCAUUUUCCGUGGAUAAUCUUCCAAUGUCGGAUGCAGCUCUGGGAAUCUGGGCAUCACUUGUGCGACUGGCGGGCACUGGUGAAAAGACCACUGGUACGGCGGACCAAGAAAACUUUCAGCUACCAGCAGUGCCAGGAGAGGAGGGGGUGGGGACAGCAAGAUGCCCUCCGGUUAGACCACUGCUCUCCCCUAGAACAGGAGGUUUGAUUUUCUUGCAUUGCUUCAAUAACAAGCUGUUUCGGUUUGAAGAAAUACCUCAGUGUGUGAACACUUGUUUCUUUCAGUCGUCGACUUCUUGAAUGGAUUUUAAGUAACACGUUUCGUUUUGUUUUGAAAACUUUCCUGUUAAAAGGAUGUAAUAAUUCCCGGCAGUGUUUUCUCUUAUUUUAAGCAUGACAGGUAAAAUACAUUUUCAAACCGGUAAAGCAAUCCUUUUACUUGUUGAAUUUUCAAGAAUUCCAAGCAAUUUUAAACGGUAUUAAGAGGUACUACAAGCGGUAAAUGUUACUGGUUACUGCCUGAAAAGGAGAACACUGAUUCCCGGUGGCUGGUUUGCCUUAAAAGUCUCCUUACUCUAGCGUUUUAAUGAGAACCUUAUACCUUCAAGAUUGUAGCUCUAAGGUUUAUUCUUGUUUAGGCCAAGAAGUGGACACAUCGCUGCUGAGACAACAGCAGAUAACCCUGGGACUCCUCAAAGCUGCUCGUGUGUUGUGCAGUAGGCAAGAUAACCUGAGACAGAUUCUGAACCAUCAAGCAAACAGCUCUGACAGCAACAGCACCUUCUCCUUACAGCAUUUGAUGUGUUCAGCCAUUAAACCAUCACCUGUGAAGGCACUCUUCAACCGGGAAGAGUUAGAGGUGGGUACAGCUUAGUUGCUAGUCUUUCGUGUUUUCCGAAGUGUUUCUAUAAUAGCCUUUUACCGGCGGUCUACUCCCACCUUUAAGACCUCCUAUCGCCCUCUGUUAGCCUGUGAGCAGACUCUUGUGUUUGAGUUUGGCCUUACGUCCCCUUUUCGGGUACAGCUGCUUAGAACACCAUCGUCAGCCGCCAAUAGAAAACAUUAUUGAAACCCUUGUUGUCACACGCAAUGUUGAUAUGAAGCCCCAAGAAUUCCUAAAGAUUUUAGACAGGCCGUAAAAAUUGCAUCGUAGUCAACAAAUGACUACACUUUGGUUUUUAAUCUGUGUGGAUGUCAUCGGCUGUAACUAUCACCAAUAUGACCACCAGCUGCCAGAUGACGCGUAUCUAUAGCGAUGAAGGAAGGUGAAUUAAUCUAGACUGGAAAAAAGAGAUUUUUAAUAGAGUUUAUUUUGAUGCAGGGAUGGGUAGGAAAUUUGUGAAUUUGGUUCUUUGUUAUUCCCUCCCCCAUCCUUAUCAUUUUUUUGUUUUGUCGCUAAUUGCUAUUUGAAGGCCUUUAACCCUUCCGAGAGAAAUUUGAAACGGUGUGUGGUCAAACCUGGGGAUUAAGGAUGAGAGGGAAGGGGAACAAAGUACCAAAUUCACAAAUUUAUUUUGUUUCCUUGGUUUCCAGGCCGCUGCUCUCGCUGCUUGUCAAUUCCUCACUAACGAGGCCAGCCGUCCAGCUGAGCCUCCUACUCCGGUCACGGUAGAACGUGUGGAUCGGCCCGAGCAGGAAAAGCCUCAGCUCCAGACCACCUCUAAGAAACCUCCAAAGACAAAACAUCUACAAAAAAAGAAGACUCGCACACGAAGACCGACUCCACCCCCCAUGCCAGCUCCACCGUUAGUCCAGCAGCUGGUGGAAAUGGGAUUUCCCAGAAGUAGGACAGAGUAUGCGUUGAAGGAGCUUGGGGACGAAGAGGAACCUCGGGCCGAAUUGGUUGUCGCUUGGCUGAUUGAUCAUCCUGAUAUCGAGGUUGGUACAGCUUAAGAGUUUCCCUCUGCCAACUACAACGCGAAUUUAAACCAAGAAAUUUAUCUACGGGAUAUUAACCCUCAAUCUAAUGUUCACAAGUCUUUACCGGUUUGUGUUACAGCCAGAAAUUCUAAGUGGAAGCACUAAAGUAAAUUCCUAUUUUCUGGUAGUUUAUUAGAAAGUUGCGAGGUGCUAAUUCGAAGUAUUCGGAACGCUUUUUCUUUGUUAUUAUUUUGUUCAUUUGCAUGUAGGCUACCGCCAUGUUGGUGUUUGGGUUUGCUGAUUCGAUUGUUUUUCGUUUUCUUAUUUUGGUAGUUACAAAGAAGGUUACAUUCAACGUGAAUCCUUUUACCCCUGAUAGUGAUAAAUAUCUCAUUUCUCUUAACAAUGUCACUCCUGAAUCAAACAUGAAGGUCAUGUGAACAAGGCAAAUGACAGCAAACUAAAGCAGCUUUAGAGUGUCCUUCAAUUUUUUCUUGUAAGUACCAUAGGGGAUGUAUGGCGAACGGUACGAAAAACUUGCGUACUGAAGUUAGAGUGUGAACGGGUAAGCACUAUGGCAGUGUUGAACAUAUUUCGUCGUUUUUCUAAGCCAUGAGAUAUCUCCCAAACAGGUGCCAGAAGGUGAAACACGGCUUGUUGUGCCACCCGAGUUGUCAUCUAGUGAGGAAUCCUCUGACGUGGAUGAUGACGACAGCGAUGUUGUAAGCAGCUCCGAUUCGGAAAGUAGCUUAAGUGACGGGGAGGCCAUUGCUGUACCCACUGAUUUCAAGAGACGCAGCGAUUUCACCGCCAACGAUGAUUACGCAAGGUAUGUGCGUGAUAACAUCCAGGUCGGUAUGAUGGUUCGAUGCUGCAGGACAUACGAGGAAGUCCACGAAGGCGACAUUGGUCGGGUAAUAAAGGUGAGUGUGUUGUUUUUUUUUUGUGCCUGUUUCUGUUUUACUCUCUGUGCUUGUGCUCGCCCGUUCUGUUAAUUCAUGCACCCAUAUCUGCCUCUGUAUAUCUGUUCGGACUGUUGAUACGCUGAUCUGUGCGAUUGGCAACUCUUUCAGCUUGAUCGUGAUGGGCUCCACGAUCUGAACGUACAAGGAGACUGGCAGAAAAAGAAUGGUACCUACUGGGUCAGAUACGUGCACGUCGAGCUGUUAGGUCACGACUCCUUUGGUAAGAUAACAGUGUAAUUUUAAAGCCAGUUAACUGAUGCAGAAAUGUGAGUGACUUUUCAUUGACUCGCUUUACGGUGGCUUAGUGGAACACAGUGGUAAAACGUCGGACAUUCACAAGGGACUCAAUUUUGGCCGGUUGCGUGCAACACAACGGUCAAACGUGUGCGCACGCGCACACGUUGUAAUGACUUGAUGGCUUGCCUUCAGGCUGUUAUUGCCAUGUUGUCUCGUACAAGUUACGAACAACCACAAGAGCUAGUAAGUCGCGGUAUGUUAGCAGCGUAUAUCCGUUUUGAUAAAGCUCAAAUCAACAGGAUACCCGCUCUUGAAUACGCGUUGUGUUCGAAUAGUCUCGAUUUUUCCUUUCCCCUAAUUUGGUUAUUUUCAGCCCGACGUGAAAUGAUCAAAGUGGGUGAUAGGGUACGUGUAAAACCUUCCGUAACCACACCCAAGUACAAAUGGGGAUCCGUGAACCACGGAAGUGUAGGCACGGUGGUGUCAAUCAGUCCUAAUGGGAAAGAUGUCAAGGUGGACUUUCCUCAACAAACCAACUGGACUGGACUGAUUUCUGAGAUGGAGGUGGUACCCGCUACUCAUCCUCGAACAAGGUGAGAAGUUGGAUUAACACCAUCAUUAACAGUUUACAGCAUGCAUAUCCUCCAUACUAUUCUCUUUGCAUUUCCUAAGGUGCUGACGAGAAGAACUUGUUUGACAAUUAAGAGCUUCUUUUGUUGGUUAUCACUCCCCUAAUUCUCGUGACCGUGAUGUCUGAUUCAGGCGUAAUAUUGUAGGGAGAAUAAGGGAAAUAAUUACCAACUAAAGAAGCUCUUGAUUGUUUAACAAAUACUCCCUGUCCGUCUCUCCAAAUUUUAUAGUGUAAAGGGUAAAUACGUUUCUCGUAAGAACAUCAGUGAUACACUCGGCUGCGCCUCGUAUGCCACGUUUUUAUUCUUACCACAUUUUACAUCAUCUGUGAUCUUUUAAUAUACAGACCCACGGCAACAUGAAAUCCAUUUAUUAAACAGUACACGUUUUCUUAAAUUUAAACUGCACGAUCUUAUUCUAUGUAUUAGGUGCGAUGGCUGCCACAUGGAACCCAUUGAAGGUUCCCGCUUUAAAUGUAAGACCUGUCCAAACUUCAACUACUGCGAGACGUGCUUCAGACUUCGCCGCAGCCACCGGCAUUCCUUCCACCGUUUUGAAGAACCAAGCAGCAUCCCAGUGAAUGCUGGGAAGUCUGGCCGAGGAAAAAGAAAAUUAUGUCCGGUGGCUUGGGAGGACCGGAGCACAUAGUGAAAGAAUGGGACCGAGUGGUAAAGAGUCUCAUGGUGUCGUCACGGGAGACUCACGCUGGACGACUGAUUGACGGUACAGAAUCUUAUUGGCAAUCAGCGGGGUCACAAGGGAAGGUGAGGAUCUUACGAAGCAGAAGUCCAGAGUAUAAAUCCGUGCUGGACUCGACGAUCAAAUUCUAUUCUGGGUUAUUUUAUAUGCUUGGCAAGGUGCUUUUUUCUAUAAGCUUCUCGCUUAACAAAGAAGUAUCAGCAAGUUUCCUGUGAAGGACUAGGGUCCCAUUCAAAAGAGGGAGCAUUAACCUUAAGUUUCCCUAGCUGUGACAUCUGGGAUAAGUUUCGGCGGUGUAGGCCACUUAGCCUGUAUACAAUGUGGAUUAAAAAAAAAAGAAAAAGAAAAGAAAAGGAAGAGAUGUAUAUGAAAUAUUUCUAUAUUUUUCUUGUCUCGUCAUUGUUCCCUUUUUUUCCCUUUACAGCACUGGAUAAGAAUCGAGUUGUAUCCCGAUCUACUAAUCCAGCGGUUGACCAUGACAGUGGAUCCUUCAGACAGUAGUUACAUGCCGUCCGUGGUGGUAGUAUCAGCUGGCGACAGUAUCCAGUCUUUGAAAGAAAUUAAGACUGUACACAUCAGUGCUACUGAGUCACUGUGUACUUUGCUGGAAGAUGUGCAGAGGGUAUGUUAUGCAUUUUUCUCUCUAGAUUUGUCAGUGAUCUUAUCAGACGCUUCUAGUUCCAUGUCUAUCGUACGCAGUUAACGCCUUCCUUCGUGAAGGCCGUUAUUUUGUUCUCAUGUGUCCGAUUUUGAUUUUUCUUGUUUUGCCUGAAGUGUAGCCUUUUUCAUGCUUGUUCCGCUGCUUUCUUUAGUUUUAUAAUGGUAACGUUGUGUUACACGUAAGUUUUUACUUAGUUUGCAUCAUCAUUACUGUUACUCUGUCAUCAUUAUGAUCGUGAUCGUUAUCUUGAUCGUGAUUGUUAUCUGUGUCGUUAUCGUUUAUAAUUUUCAUUGCCAUUAUAUUUAUCAUUAUCAGUAUCGCUGUCGUCUUCCCUCAAUUUAUUUGAUUGUUUUUUUCUCUAUAGGAAUAUCGUUUUCUGGAAAUCGGAAUUCGGCAAUGUAAGAGUAGCGGUAUCGAUUGCAAGAUUCACGGCAUUAGCCUGACGGCUCGCACUAAGACAGACGAAGACGACAUAGCGGCAAGCUUUUCAUUCCUGGCGUUAGACGAAGAGGACGAAGCAGCCAGACAGAGGAGAGCGCUCAGAAGGAAGCCGACUACAACUGAGUCUACCCCUGAGGGGCAAGUCAAUAUGUUCGUGUGGGGUCUUAAUGAUAAAGAUCAGCUGGGAGGGCUAAAAGGUUCCAAGGUAAAUGCUGACCGCAGUUUCGGAUUGACCAUGGAAUUUUACAUUAUUUGGAAAGAACCACGAUUUUUGUUUUGGCUAUAUUGUAGGGAUGAACGCUUUCAUAUCCCAGAAGUGAAGAACUUUUUAAUUCUCUUCACAAUUUCAUUAUUUAUCCAGUACACGUUUAACGAGAUUAAACAAUAUUGCCAGAUAAAGAACCUUCAAAUUCACUAUAAAUUUACAAAGACAAUUAUAGCAAGUUGCGAGAGGACGUGACACUUAGUUAUUUGGGAAGAGUAAAUAAUAUAUUGCGUCGACAGAUGUUGUGAGUCAGUGUUGUACUGUGAUGUGUGGUCCAAAUUACACCCUGGCUGCUUUUAACGCGUAUUUAGUCAGAGCUGCCAAUACAGGUUGGCUUUGCUAAAGGGCUUUUUCUAUCUUUAGAUAAAAAUACCAAUGCUCUCUGAUGUGAUGUCUGCUCUCAAAGUUCAACAAGUCAGCGGAGGCUCAAAGAGUUUAUUCGCUGUCACUCUAGAAGGAAAAGUGUUUGCGUGCGGUGAAUCUACCAACGGCCGCCUAGGGCUAGGCCCCAUCACUGGCAACGUGCUAGUGCCUCGACAGAUUGAAGGCCUUAGCCAGUUUGUAGUAAAGAAGGUGUCGGUGCAUUCUGGAGGUCGUCAUGCUAUGGCCAUCACUAUUGAGGGCAAGCUGUUCUCGUGGGGGGAGGGAGAGGAUGGGAAACUUGGACAUGGAAACAAAAUGUAAGUCGCGGGGCACUAAAUCUUCUUGAUUGGCCUAUCUACUGUUCAGUUUAGUAAGUCCUGAGAGCUUUGUGUUCAAUUGCUUCUUUCUUUUACUAAAAAAACAAAAACCUAAAAGACUUGCUAAAUCGUUGAUACAUCCCACUUGAGAUACCUAAUCUUUGAUAGACUUAUAAUUUUUUUUUUUUUUUUUUACAUCUAUUGAUUAACCUUGCAUACAUCUUAUAUUGCAUACAUUUAACUGUGGCUCAUUAAUAAGUGAUCCAAAUCGUUUUGUUUUGCUUCUUCCUAGGGAAUCAGAUUUUUUUAACAACUUUGUCUCAAAUUUAUGACAAUUUAAGUUAGCGUCCUAUUGUGGAGGACAAAUUAAAGAGUUCGCCAUCUGUAUUUAACCCAUUUCUCUCAUGAAAUAGUUUAUCCCUAAACUAAUUUCCUGUAUUGAUGUCUCGUCACCUGAAAGGUAUUUAAUUGAAAGUAGCUACUAAUUACCAUUGAAGUUUUCUUAUGAUGCGCAAAUCUAUAUGGUAGAUCCUAAUGUAACCGUUAUGUGUGUGGAUAAUCUAGGAACUUCGACCGCCCACAACUGGUUGAAACCCUUAAGACCAAGUCUGUUCAGGAAAUCUCUUGCGGCAGCUCACACAGUGCAGCAGUCUUGUCCACUGGGGAGCUCUACACUUGGGGCCUGGGCGAAUACGGCCGGCUAGGGCAUGGAGACUACCAGACGCAACUCAGACCCAAACAAGUACGUGCCUUGAGCGGUAUUCAUGCGAUAGAUGUCGCCUGUGGCAGUCGUGAUGCUCAGACACUCGCACUCACAGACGAUGGUUGUGUUUGGUCGUGGGGAGAUGGAGACUUCGGAAAGCUGGGGAGAGGCGGAAGUGAGGGUUGCAGUGUACCUCAUGUGGUGGAGAGGCUCAAAGGCCAGGGAGUGUGUAAAGUGUUAUGUGGAGCCCAGUUCUCUCUUGCUCUUACAAAACCGGGCCAAGUGUGGACUUGGUAAGGAUAGCGAAACUUCUCAUCUAUUUACCCAGCAAAACUAACAGUGAUUUGAAAUUCUAGUUUUCUGUGUUAUCAAGGGUGCAUCUCGCACGAUAUCGUGGUUUACCCGAGGAAAAAAGAUUAUUGAACUUUGGCUAGAAAUUAACUUUAUUACGUGUGUUACACAUGCGCUUUAUAACGCCGUCUGCUGUACAGAUACGUACACCACUUUCUUGCCGAGUGGGUAUAAGUUUUGACUAGAAACUUCAGUCCCCGACGUAUAGUAGGCAACAUUUGACCACACGGAAUCCAGUAGAUAUUUGGAUACCCAAGAUCAAAAAUGUACUGUAAUAUAAGCCGUGUGUGAAAUGAUGCCCCCAUCAUGCUUAAUAUUGAAGCUAAAUUGUUAUGACUUGCGGGUUUAGGUAAGAACUAACAACUUGCCAAAUUUGCUGUGAACGUCCAGCAAAUUUGCCGUCUUUGUUUCCCGAAAUUAAUAACAGAUGGCUUUCACCUUAAAACUUGUUGAAUCCCCUACAUCAUGAAAGGAGUGUGCAGAGAUAUAGUCACUGACACCUUAAUCUGCGGUAUUUCAGGGGUAAAGGAGACUAUUUUCGCCUGGGGCAUGGUAAUGACUCUCAUAUUCGGAAGCCUCAGGUUGUGGAGGGACUCAAAGGUCAUAAGGUGGUAGAUGUAGCUGUUGGAGCGUUACACUGCUUAGCUGUGACGGAACAAGGCAAGGUAGGCAAGGAGUGGUUUGGAAUUCUUGUUUCCUCGAGCUUGCAUCUAGUAUAAGGUCUUCCUUGAGAAUGGUUUGUUUUUGAUGUCAUUUCCUUUUUCACCGAUCUGAAGGUUUUCGCCUGGGGCGACAACGAUCAUGGCCAACAGGGCAAUGGCACAACCACUGUCAAUCGCCGCCCACAGUUAGUCCAGGGUCUGGAUGAAUUCAAAAUUACUCGUGUAGCUUGUGGCUCCUCGCACAGCAUGGCCUGGGCCGAGUCGGACUUCCCGGCACCGGUAGCGCACGAACCUGUGAUGUUCCCCGCGUCCCGUGAUCCACUGGGGGCGUCAAAUAUUGGUCCAGAAUCUCAGGAGCAGAGUAAUUCCACAGAAGCCGAAACUAACGAGUACGGGGAGCACAGGCACAGACCUUCUUUAGCGAAAAUUGUGCUCUCGCUCAAUUCAAAUUAUGAACGACAGCAAGCGUUAGGCCACAUCUUAACUGCUCUCCAAAUUAUCUACUCACGUGAUGCAGUGGUACGCGCCCUUUUGGAUCCUCAUUCUCUUAUUCGGGGCGAUCCCACGUCGGUAGAAGCAGACGAUGAAGAAGCGGUAUCUCUAGCUUCUGUUUCGGAAAUGUCUAUCGACGACAUUGCGUUGCCUGAAGUAGUAAGUGGAGGUGUUUCUCGGACGUCUUUUAUCGAAGAGUUUGGUGAAUUCACUACCAGUCUGGGACAUGAUGACUCUCGGCUUCUUGUGGAGCUAUUGAAACUUGCUGUUGCAGAUAGAGCCGGUGAAAAUGGCAAAGAAGUGUUGUCAGGGGUGCUGAGGGCGUUGGCUGAAACCAAACCAGAAGUAAGUAGAUGAUCAUCAGCGUAGAUGAAUCCACUUCACACGCUGGUAACAAAUUUCCCUAGACGUUGACAAUCUAAAGUUAGUUUGCACAAGUUUGUCAAAAAGUAUUUUAUUUUGAAAACGUUGCGUCUUGCAAGUAGUUGCUUAGGGCUAGAAGUUUAGAAAACUGUUAGUAAUGUUGUAUAAUUGUGAGUGUUGCCAGUAAAAACAAAACACGCGCUCAAAAUGUUUGUGGAAGCCGAAUUUCAUCUCUUUGAAAUAAUUUCUCCAUAGGUGAAUAUUUGUUUAAAUAGAGAAUAAUACAUGAGCAUACGUAGAUAUAGAAUUUCUGUUCGAGUGUUUAACUCGAUAGCUCACGAGUGAGUGCAGCGAACGAGUGAGAUGUCGAGUUGAACACGAGAAGAGAAAUUUCUUAUCUACAAGCGAUCAUAUAUUAUUUUGCUUAUCAUAUAAACACAAUAGCCCUCUACUGACAAGAAAACUCAUCUUUAUUAAUGAAUGAAAAUAAAAGGAUCGACAAUCCCCAAAUAAGAAUCGUAAAGUGCGUAAGGCUCAACAUUAAAAAAUGCGUUGAAUGAUAAUAAUAAUAAUGUCGAUAACAGUAAUGAUGAUGUUAAUGAUAUUUGGGAGAUAAGAGAUAAAGAUAAAUAGUUGAUUUAUAAUCGCUUUGGCUUUGCAAUUAAAAAAUUGAAUUACUCGAUGAUAAUAAAAGAUAAUGUCAGUAAGAACUUUAGAAAGAACCAUCAGUGGCUUAGAGCAAGUUCAUAUGAAAACUUGUGUGUGUAUCUGUUACGUUUAUAAAUAAAAUACGUCAGGUAAAUAGAAAAUUCUAAUGAAAUAGUUUAGGCUUAAAGGGCAUUAAAAAUGAUAAAACUGUUACGAGAUCUUUUUGUCUUGAACACGGGCCUAAACUUCCGUUUGUUUGUAUUUAAGAAGGUUAUGAUAAUUAUGAUGCUAAUAAAACGAUACUGAUUUAUGAUGACAAUGUUAAUUGUGAUGCUUAUAACGUGAUUAUAAUAAUGAUGAAUAUAAAAAAUAACAAACUCAUAUCUUAGCUGAGACAUAAUGUAUUUCUGUCUAGAUUGCGUCCAUGCUUCUGGAAUUAUGCAUCUCUGAACUCGAGGAUGUUGCCGCGGAUAACAGCAGUGUCCACAGCGGCUUCCAACCGGUGGUACAAGAGAGUAGUCAUCCAUAUAUUGAUGAUACUAAUACCUCUGGAGUGGUCAAGAUACCAGGAGCGGAGGGGCUGAGGGUGGAGUUUGACAAACAGAGUUCCACAGAGAGAAGGUUGGUUUUGGCGUUAAUGCAUGACUGCUGAUGCUGGGUCAGUUUUUCUCACUCGUUUGGCAGUGACGUCAAAGAGAUAUAUAUUGAUUGAGGCAAAUUGAUAGUCGUCUUAAACAAAUUUGUGAAAGGCCACGUGGGAUGUUUGGCGUGUGAGAGACAUAGUGUGUGUACGUCGUAAUAAGGGACCUUGAGCAUUCAGGAGGGUAACGUCGAGGAACACGGCAGUUGAAAAAUGAAUUUAUACUUCCUAUUAGAAUUUAAGCGAAUAGCUAGAUGUGUUUACCGUCCCUUAAGGCGCCAAAUCUCAACUUUAUCAUAACUAUUUGAGGAGCUUUUAGUUCCAAAUAGAAACUGAAAUAUUUCGCCGUCGUGUAUCUGUUCUCAGACCAUGCAAAAGUCUGGUGAUUUCACGUUGUUGUUUUGCAGAGUACAGCUAUGAAAGGAACACAGUUUAAAGCGCACGUGCUGAGCACAUGCUGUUCUGCUCAUUAGAUCUUUUAGUCGGCCGUAUCCUCCUUGCCGUCGCCGUCGAAGUUUGCCAUAGGUCCCUCUAAUUUUCCCUACGUGCACAAAUUAAAACAAUUUCAGUCCAAAUAGACAUGAGAAUGUAAAGAGGUUGGUAACCUUUAAGCAUCACAGUCCCACUGUACCUUGUUUAGGUCCUUUUGUCUUUUAUAGCAAUAUGUUUACAUACUAUUUUAAAUAGUUGACGUAUGCAUGACCAAGUGUGAUUUAUUUUUAUUAUAUGGUAGGCACGAUCCCCUUACCAUCAUGGAUAGUACUGGUCGGGUAGUCUCGGUCCGUUCUGGACGUGAGUGGUCCGAUUGGUCGAGCGAGUUACGCAUGAGUGGUGACGAACUGCGUUGGAAAUUUAUGAGUGACAGCUCAGUGAAUGGAUGGGGCUGGAAGUUUACGGUGUACCCUAUUCCCCCGGCCGCGGCGCCUUGCGACGUGUUAUCAGACAGAGCGCUACAGUCGAGACCGUCUAUAGACUUGGUGCGCUGUCUCCUGGGUAAGGAAAGAAUAAACAGUUAGAGUUGGUUUUGUAAGACAGUAGUGAGGUAGAGAGACAGACAUAGAGAACACAGCGGUCAAACGUAAGGCAUGCGCAAGGGGAUCCAAUUUUACCGGCCGCACGCUAAUUUCCCACUUAAAAUUUCAUUGGAAAACGUUAGAAACAAAAGCUGCCACACAAACAUAUGCGUAAAAAAAUCAUGGAAACGUUCAUGUAAAUUUGUUAAAAGAAAGAAAGGUAAGGAAAUGGAAAAAUCGAGACUUUUCGUGCACAAGGCUUAUUUAAUCGCGGGUCUCCUGCUGAUUCAUUUAUUUUUGUUUUGAGCUUUCCCGUAUACGUUAUACGGUUUUUAAAAACCGCGACUAACUCGGCUGUCUGGUUGCUUAGAAGACAACUUGCCUAUGCCAGCUUUAAAGCCCACCACCUAGUCUCGACAUAGCCUCUCCAAAGUUCGCACUUGCGCAGACAUUUAACCGCGUUGUUGAUAAUGAAACAGGCAUUCAGCCAGACAAACGGACAGAUAGAUGGAAGUAAAGAAUGUAGGUUUUAAAAGAAACUGUGGUGCUGCCACAGAGUACAACAAGAUCAUUUGGUUUUAUCAACGGAGUUAAUUAUGAAAAUCGGCCGCCGUAACUAUUACUUUAAGCUGACGAUUCGAGUCUUAACCCUUUCGCUCUGACGAGGGGCUAACGCGCGAAAACUCAGCUCAGAAACAUUUUUAAGGUGGUCCAUCAUCAAUUUUAACUCAGGUUAAAACUAAAUCAUCUAGCAAGAUGGAAAGACAGACAGACAGAUAGACAGACAGGCGGACAGACAAAAAGACGGACGGAAUUCUAAUAUUUUGUCUUAGGAAGCGGCAUUGAAAGUUGUGUCCUUGUUUACCCAUUUACAGACUUCAAACUAGAAACACUAGGAGAAAAGGCUCAAAUUCCUCGCCUAGCCGCAUCUUUAUCCGCAUGCGCUCAACUGAACACUCUCUCAGCUGGUCAAAGAACGUGGGCUCUGCAUCGCUUAAGAAAACUUCUUAUGUCAGAAGUAGGUCCGGUCAUUGAUGUUCCUGCCCUGUUUGGUUACAAUCUGAUGUACGACCAACCUAUUGUCCAAAUGAAGAACACUGGUAACCAGCGAAUGAGCGUGGUAAGCUUUGCUUUUGUCUUUUGAACAAUGAACAUUAGACUUGUUUUCAAAUUCUGUCCAGAUUGGUUUAUCAGUGGUCUAGAGUUGCACUAGGACAGCUUUUAUAGUUAGGUGGUGUUUUAUGUAGUGAUUUGCGUGAAUUCUUCGUGCGUUUUCAAGUGAAUUGAUGGUCAUUUGUUUGCAUCCAGUUUAGAUGGUAGAGUGCCAGUUUUCCUCAAAGCUGCUUACUUGAACUACAGACAAUCGGAAAGGAAUUAGUGAAACUUUUGUAGUUACAUACUUAAGAGAAUACAAAGGAUGAAAGAAUAAGUAGGAAUUUGGUUUAUUAUGACGAGACCUGUUUUAGCUAACCUCAUCUUUGUUUUUUCCUUAGGGCAUCGCCUCCUCGGCUUUAGGAAAGCUUGUGCGAGGUCUCCCAGACACGUUAAGAAGACAAUAUGAAUACGAAGAACCACUAGUUCGAGGUGGAAAGCACCUUUUUCACAGCGACUUCUUUAAAGUGAGUAUUGCAUUGCAGGUGUAACGAUGGCUGUGCAACGUCGGGAUAAAAUUGCUGAAAUUCUAUCUGGGAGGCCUUAACCCCUAAACCCCUAAGAGAGACAAGCAUCUAAUUUCUCCCUACAGUAUUACCUCAGAGUCAUACGUUAAGUCAUGAGAAUAAGAGAGACUAGCAUCUAAUUUCUCCCUACAAUAUCACAUCUGAGUCAUACGUUAAGGUCAUGAGAAUCAAGGAAAUGAUCACUAACUAAAAAAGCUCUUGAUUGUUAAAGAAAUUAUCCUUCUGACACCUUAAGAAAUGUAUGAAAACAGUGUGGAGAAUAUGCGUAAUGAUGUUAGGGUGUAACAGGAUUAAUUUCGUUUUGAGUUCUGCAGAUGCUUCAAUUGCAGCACACCUGAGACGAUCUGUACUGUACUUCGUUUUUAAUCCGCAAGUCCAAUGAAAUUUACCUUAUUACAAGUUGUGUCUGUUUCCUCCAAAGUAGAGACUUAAAUUUGACUUCGCUCCCAACAUGUGGCUUCUCAGCUCAGUUGUUAGUAGCGCCCAACUAAUAUGUGGGAGGCAUGGGUUCGAAUUACGUUGAAGCCUGGAUUUCUCUUUCAGGCUUCUCUCCUGCGCUUGCUAAGCUUUGCUUAAAAUGUUCGGUACGAAAUAUUUCUGGCAUGGGUUUGCGUCAAAAGAGUUUUGUCACGUACAGUUAGUUGUAAACAGCUCCAGUAGUGACCAGCUUCUCAUAGAAUGAAAUGCAAUUUCAAGGAGGAGAACAUCAAACAAAAACCGCUUAGCUCAAAAAAAUGGAUGGAUUAACUCACUGGGAGAAGACUGAAACGGAAUGCACGCUUUCAAUUAUUUUUCUUUCCCGUUCUUUCUAUUGUUUUCAUUCUGUAUUUCAUGCAAUUAUAAUUUUUUUCUUUUUACUCAUUUCUUCUUCUAUUUCUUUCUUGUUUGGUCAAUCGUAGGUUCUUGUGGCCUUUGCGUGUGAUCUUACCCUAGACUUUUUACCAUGUUGUGCCGAUGGGCACGAGUGGGCCUGGUUUCGACGCUUUUGCAUGGCCUCUCGGGUGGCGUCUUCACUGGAAUUAAGGUCACCCUUGCCGUAUGACUUCUUGACGGAAGUGGGAGAGAAAAUAACAGAAAUGAUGCUGGAAACAACUCAGGACUGUAUAGUAGAGUACAAUGAUCAUAAGGUGUUUAAAAAGGAACACGACGAACAGUUGCUUUUGUGGCUCAAUCAGUGAGUGUGAUUCAUCUAUACCAGGCAUCAAUGUGAGUAUCUGAUGAACUGUACACCUACCCCCUCCUCUAACCCAAUGACAGUCAACCGAUAAAAAGUUAGUGCUAAUGUUGGGUUAGGGGAGGGGAAGGUGUGCAGUUGCUCAGAUACUGACAUUGAUCCGAUGCAAGAGUAGACGUUGUGUAAGAAGGUUGCAAAGGAAGGUGGAAGGGAGGGAAUAGAGAGGAUGCAAAUCUAAUUUUCCUGCCCGUUUUGUACCUUCGUUUUUUCUCACCUCUUUAACUGCUUUUCCGGCGAAAAAAUAUGGGACCAAGUAACCAAACAACCAUCCAAGUGAGUGAGACCUUCAAGACAAUUUAAGGUCUUCUUUGACAAUCUCGGUUUUUAGUCGGGUUGUAACAUUCCGGCGUGAAGGCGCUAAACAGCCGUGGCAGAAUUAUGAGCGCUAGUGUUUGAGAAGCUCCUGGCCCGUAGGUUACUAGGACGUUAUUAGAACCUAGACACAUGUUUACGCCCGUAACUAGAACUUAGACUCUUGAAAUUCUGAACUAGGGCCAACAUUCUUGAGGUAUUCCCUUAAGUGAGGUUUUCUUAAUUCGACAAUUUCGUCGAAAAAAAUUUACUUCUCCUCGGAAAACAAAGGAACCUUCGUUUCAACGUUGUAUUUUAGGGUUUCUUUUUUUUUUUUUUUUUUCUUGUAGAAUUUUCUGAGAAGUUUGCGCCUCUGUCCAAUUACUCUUUGAUUUAUUUUUAUUGUAAUCAGGCGACCAUCUGAUUGGACGGUUACCUGGGGCGGCAGUGGAACUAUUUACGGUUGGGGUCAUAACCACCGCGGACAGCUGGGUGGUAUUGAAGGUGGCAAAGUCAAGUUCCCUCAGCCAUGUGAAGCACUCAGUGCUAUCCGGCCUGUCCAGAUUGUUGGAGGUGAACAGACUCUGUUUGCCGUAACAGCAGAGGGAAAGGUUUGAUGAGUAUUCUAUAUGUGUGCUUCGUUUUUGUCUCUGAUUGUUCCUACGUUCUUUUUUUUCAAUAAAUUAUCGAAGUAAAUGAUCUGAGGACGGUUUUAAAUUUUGCUAGUAAUCUUAAAUAAUCAAAAGGAGUGCCUGUACUGUUAAAAAUGUUACAUAUUGAUUUUUAGUUUCCGCCAGAUUUUGUAGAAGUUUUGCUAUUGUGCGUUAUUGCGCGGGUUUGGCAGAAUUGGGCGGUUCUGUCUGAACCGCUGCAUCAAAGUCAAGAGGCAGAGCAACUGCCUGUAUUUAUUUUGAUAUCGUUUGUAUUCGUAUAGGUUUAUGCGACAGGAUACGGUCAUGGUGGGCGUCUUGGUCUCGGUGGAACAGAAACGGUAACGUCAGUGCGACUUAUCGAAUCGCUCCAGCACGUGGUCAUUAAGAAGGUUGCUGUGCAUUCUGGGGGAAAACACGCUAUGGCUCUUUCCCAAGACGGUGACGUGUACUCUUGGGGAGAAGGGGACGACGGGAAACUUGGACAUGGUAAUCGGAAGUGAGUAUUUCUCUUAGAAAAAACAUUCUGAAGUCAUUAUUGAUUUUUAAAAAAAAAAAAUUGCGGUCAUUCAUUGCGGCGAAUGCAUUUGUGAGGUUUAAUCGUUUCCCCACGAUAUAGACGCUUUCGAUGAGGAUGGCGACGUUUCGACUUUCAGCGUCCUUCAGGUGACAAGUUUCCACGUUAUAUGCUUCUUCCUAAAAACCAUUGUGCUUAGUCCAGAUUGGCACCGGUCGAAGAAGUGUUCCCUUGGAAUCGCAAUCAAUACACUUAGCUCCGGAGAGGGCAAUGCCCGCUGUUAGCCUGCUCUGAAACAACCGAAACGUGUGGCUGUGACCGGUCGUUAUCUCAUUAUUUAUUGCUUGGGGGGGGAAGGAAGAUUUUGGUUUCGCGUUUGCCGCCAGCUGAGCAAACAAAGUGGAGUUUUGGACGUCCUCCAACCGUUGACCACUCAGCUAAGAGGUACUUUGGCAGCGGGCGAAUCACUUCUCAGAGUCUUAUCGUCUUGCAACUGUUGACCACUCACCUUAGAGGUAGAGGAAGCAAAGCUACCAGCAACAACUUUGGCAGCUGGCGAAUCGAGUGUCAGAGACUCGUCGAGUUUGAGGGACCUUGCAAAUGCUACAAAUGUGUCUCAAUAAAAUGUACCUGAUCCCCCCAUAGGGCUCUGUAGUAUUCUUAUGAUCCUCUCCCAUUGGCAGUCAGUUUUCAGUAUUCCCCCCUUUGUACUCUGUUGCGACGACUGAUCCCCCUCCGGUCCUCCUAAAAUCCAUGUUAUUUCCCGCCCCCCUCCCCCUCCCAAAAAAAAAUCCUUCAACCCCUUCUCUCCCCCAGUCGGUCGAUAAAUAAUACAACUCGGUUCGGUACCUCAGUCAUCCUCCGUGACUCACUCUCGCAUAAGUCCUUUCAGUCUUCAGUCUUCAGUCUUCAGUCUUCAGUCUUCAGUCUUCAGUCUUCAGUCUUCAGUCUUCAGUCUUCAGUCUUCAGUCUUCAGUCUUCAGUCUUCAGUCUUCAGUCUUCAGUCUCGCUCAACUGCAUUUACAGGGUAACCUGUAAAUCAGUCAAUCAGAGCUAAGCACAGUUCUUCUCCAAUUGAUCUUAUUCUUAUGCCAUGCGUUAUAAUUUUACAGCUCAUGUGAUCGCCCUCGAGUCAUAGAAGCCCUGCGUGGCAAAUCUAUCGUUGACAUUGCUUGCGGUGGCUCACACAGCGCCUGCAUCACAACCUCUGGGGAGCUGUACUCUUGGGGCAAGGGCCGUUACGGACGGCUUGGCCAUGGUGACAGCGAUGACCAGCUGCUACCGAAACUAGUGGAAGCGUUACGUGGCCAACGUGUCAUAGAUGUAGCAUGCGGAAGCGGUGAUGCGCAGACACUGUGUCUUACUGAUAACGACUGUGUGUGGUCCUGGGGUGACGGAGAUUACGGAAAGCUAGGUCGGGGAGGUAGUGACGGCUGUAAGAUCCCGAUGAAGGUAGAGGCGCUGAUGCGAGCUGGCGUGUGUAAAGUUGAGUGUGGAUCACAGUUCUCUGUGGCUCUGACAAAGUCUGGUGCUGUUUACACAUGGUAAGUGUCCAUAACAUUGCAAAUUGUCAAAGGUAGAAGUGUUUGUAAGAGUAGUAAACAGAUUCAGAGGAGUCAUUGGUCGUUUUAUUGCGCCCAAUCUCGGACAAGCUAACAGUAAACUGGACAUUUUUAAUCACACGAUCUUGGCCUGUAAUUCAGAGAGCUAGGAAUUCACUGCAUGUCUGUUUGCAUGUUUGCAUUCUCUGAUAAACCCAAGGCUAUGGAUUCCUACUGCCCUUUUCCCCGUUUUCUUAGCUAGGCUGAUCAACAGAACAAGCAGAUGUAUCCAUUAUUCCUUUGAAUUGAAUGAAAGAAGUCGAAACGCGGGAAACAUGGCAAACUUGUGGACAAAUAUAUUCUAGGGUUGUAUCAGGAAAAUUGUGGAAGAUCUGUUCCAACAGAGCCGCAAUUUGUAUGAUUUUGAAUUAAUAUUUUGAUACUUAGGGGUAAAGGUGACUAUUACCGUCUUGGGCAUGGCUCAGAUGAUCAUGUGAGACGUCCCAAGAGAGUAGCAGCCCUGCAAAACAAGAAAGUAGUUGCUAUAGCAACGGGUUCGCUGCACUGCGUGGCAUGCACGGACACGGGAGAAGUCUACACGUGGGGCGAUAAUGACGAAGGUCAGCUGGGAGAUGGAUCAACGAAUGCCAUUCAGAGACCGCGCUUGGUAACAGCUCUACAGGUAAGUCGACUGUAAAAUGUCUUAGUCAGUCUAAAAGUCAGUCUACUGUAAUGAUCCUUUGGGAGGUCUAUCGGGUUACUGGAAGCCCAAAAGUGGCGCAAACUGCAAACACAAAACAAAAGCUAUUUUCGGGAAUGUUCCAUUCAUUCUUUGCCAUAGCUUGAAGCCGUGGACUGAUCAACACGGUUGUUCAAGUGCGUUCAAAACAGUUUCCUUGCCUUCCAUUUCUUGUUUGCCUUUGAGCCUUUGAGGUGGCUCUUCUGAGAUUUUGCGAGCUAAGAAGGUGUAAGAAUAUUAUACAGAGAAAGGAUUAAUUUGAUACCGUCCAUUUGUCUCUAUGUAGGGAAAACAGACAAACCGGGUUGCUUGUGGUUCUGCUCAUACGAUCGCCUGGUCCACUACGAAGCCCGCCAAUGCCGGCCGCCUUCCAAAGGAAGUUCCUAUGGAAUUUAACCAUCUACAGCAUAUCCCCUUGGGGGCCUUGAGAAAUCGUCUCAUGCUUCUUCAUCACUUCUCCGAGCUUGUGUGUUCUUCUAUCGCUUUAUUUGAUCUUCAGCCCCGUUUGAAAGAACCCAUAGGUCAAGGAACCUCUGUGGCCCUGGAUGCUCUUCGAGGUGUCCUAAUACCAUCUGGGAAGGUACGGUGAAUCACUUGUGCUUUUCUUCUCAGGUUAUCCUGCGAUAUAACUUUUUCUUCCUUUUCUUUUCUUUUCUAUUCCAUUCUCCUUCGAAACCGCCAUGCAGUAAAUUUUACCCUCAUACAAGGGUAGUUUUGUGGAGGCGCGGUGGCCUCAUGGUUAGUGCGCUCGACUCCGGAUCGGGUGGUCCGGGUGCGAGCCCUGGCCGAAGUCAUUGUGUUGUGUUAUUAGGCAAGACACUUUACUCUCACAGAGCUUCUCUUCAUCCAGGUGUACAAAUGGAUACCAGCAAAUGUGCUGGGGGUAACCCUGAGAUGGACUAGCAUCCCAUCCAGGGAGAAGUAGCAACACUCCUAGCCGCUUCAUGCUAAGAAAACCGGAGUUAAGCAUCAGCCCCAUGGGCCCCAUGGGCCACUUGGGCCCGUAUAAAGGCUUUACAAGGGUAGUUUAAGAGUAUGAUUAAAGGGGGUGAGCUUCGGUGCGUGAGUUUAACAAGAUAAUUUGGUUUUAUCUACCGAGUUGAUAAUGUGAAUUGGACACCGUAGAGAGUUUCUAAGCAGUUUUACAACUCUUUAUGGUUGCCAAUUUAAAUAAUCGACUCAGUUGAUGAAACCAAAUUAUCUAGACUAGGAGUGUCAACAUUUGCCUUUUUAAAUGCAGAAGCACACAACUGAUUUAUGAUGAGGUCUAAGUUGAAAAUAUAGAGUACACAGGAACUUAGAAGCAUUCUCUGAUUGGUUACCGAAAGAAUGUUUACGAAACGUUUUACCAAGGAGAGCAGCCUUUAAAAAAGACCUUGUAUUGAUCCCAAUUAUUUUUUAACCCCAGGAGGCUGCUUUUCGUAAGGUUGUUCAAACAACUAUGGUCCGUGACCGGCAACAUGGUCCUGUGAUAGAACUGAACAGAAUACAGGUAAGGCUAUUUUUGUAAACUCAAUGCCCUGACAGAAGUCGAACCAUUAACCACCCACUAAGCACUUUGGCGACCACAAGUAGUCAGGCUUUUGAAGUAGGAUUUUGUGACGAACUUUCUUUUGACAUUUUGUUAUGAGGCAUUCUACGUCACAAAUUGAGCUCACGAGCUUGUAGAAAGGAUUGGGAGCUGAGAAUCACAAAUCAUAAACGAGUUUCACAAUCAUUGUGAGAUAAAUUCGUUUACGAUUUGUGAUUCUCAGCUCCCAAUCUGAUUACGUCUCGUUAGAAAAUUAAAAGGUCAUUACUCAGUUCCGGUGAAAAAUGAGGGAAACCCAUAUUUCUUAGAUUUGAAUGCCUGCGAUGCCUUAGUGCCAUGAUGAAAGUGAAGAUGGCAUAUUGAAAUGAGAGAUUUAUUUAUCUCAGUCGGUUAGAGAUAACGUUAGCUUCUUCAUGUGACUUGAAUUUACAAUGUUUAAUGUGGGGCCUUUGCUUCUGAUUAAAACAUCUCAUCUCCUCAGAUCAAGAAGUACCGCUCCAAAGGUGGACUGACAGGUCCAGACGGCUCCAAGUCGGUAUUUGGUCAAGCUUGUUCUAAAAUGAGCAACUUCGGUCCUGACAGCCUGUACCUUCCGCACCGUGUGUGGAAAGUCAAGUUUAUCGGCGAGAGCGUGGAUGACUGUGGCGGAGGUUACUCUGAAUCCAUCGCAGAGAUGUGUGACGAGCUCCAGAAUGGCUCCCUCCCCUUGUUGAUUGUGACGCCAAACGGACGUGAAGAGUCUGGAGCUAAUCGCGACUGCUUUAUCCUCAACCCGGAUGCUGCUACUCCCGUUCAUCUGAAUAUGUUCAAAUUCUUGGGAGUGUUGAUUGGUAUUGCGAUCCGGACGGGAAGUCCGCUGAGUUUGAAUCUCGCUGAACCUGUUUGGCAGCAAUUGGCAGGUACUUGUUUUUGUCCCUAGAGCAAGCUUAAACAUUCUCUUAAGCGAAUACCGUACACUUUAUUUUUUGCUGAUGUGGAGAUUCUGGCUUAAAGUCGAUUUAUCAUCGUCCGAGUGAUGAUUUCAUCAAUUCUCGUCAUUUUUUUCUCAGUAAUAUGCGUUAACAUUGUUAUACGAGUGUGAACGAAGAUCUUUCGGGGAGUGAAAGGGUUAAGUAUGGCGUAAGAGGUUUGACCUCGUUCUUUAGUGUCCUUUUUUAGCUGCUGUUAAUAGUUAUCCUUCAGAAACUUUCACGUUCUCUUGUGUAACUUUUGCUGUAGCGAUGUGACGACUAAUUUCAUAAAAAUUUCUUGACCUCCUUAUCCCCUUAGGGAUGUCUUUGCGAGUGACUGACUUGGCUGAAAUCGACAAGGAUUACGUUCCAGGUCUUAUGUGCAUCCGGGAUAUGGAGCGCGAGGCUUUUGAAGCCAUGGAAAUGCCAUUUAGUACUCCCAGCGCCAGCGGUCAUGAGGUACAGCUGCAUAACAAGAUUAAGUGCAUCACGCUGGACAACAGAGAGGAAUAUGUCAGGCUCGCUCUACAUUAUCGCUUGCACGAGUUUGAUCUGCAGGUAUUGUACUCAAUUUGAAAGGUGCUUUCUGUUUCCUUCCACGUCAUGGAAUUCUGAAUUGUUUUCGUGAGAGAAUCCUUUAAUUCCCCUUGUCGUGUUUAAUGUAAAUGAUAUUGACAAUAAGCUUGGACCUUUUGGUCUCUCUCUCGCUUCGGGACCUGAGGUACUCCCUAGUGGCAUUGCCGAGGAAUUAAUUUAUAGUUUAUAGUUGAAAUUUUGCGAAUGGCUCGAUGUGUUUACUACCUCUAAGGGGCGCUGAAUCUCAAAUUCAUAUGGCGUAUUAGGGAGAGCAUCAUUGAGUUCCAAAGGAAAACUAAAAUAAUUUUUCGACGGGUUUUUCGUUCUCAGACCAUACACGUACGAGUACCUGCCACGCAUUCGUUGCCGUCGCCUUCGUGAUAUACGUAAGGUCCCUAACUUCUACUACAACUUCAGUUGACCAUAAACUUUACAGUUUAAGACAGGCACGUUUUUCUCCUUAGAUGCAACUUCUACUACAUUUAAACGAGUCCUUAAUUUGAUUGACGACACCGUACGAGUAAAAACUUGCGUUCUUUGGCUUUCUUUGAUUUUCUUGUUUAACAUCAGGUAUCUGCAGUUCGAGCAGGCAUGGCACGAGUGGUUCCAGUUCCUUUGCUGUCAUUGUUCACUGGUCCAGAAUUGGAGACAAUGGUUUGCGGCAGUCCCGACAUUCCUCUGGACCUGUUAAAGUCCGUGGUGACGUAUAAAGGCGUGGAAGCUAAUGCACCAUUGGUUCGUUGGUUCUGGGAGACACUGGAGAGUUUCUCGAAUGCUGAACGCUCCUUGUUCCUCCGGUUUGUUUGGGGGCGCACCCGUCUACCAAGAACCAUUGUAGAUUUUCGAGGCAGGGACUUCGUGUUUCAGGUAAGCUAACUAUUCGUAUAUAGAAAGGGGGGGUAAGUUUCUAAAGAAAUUGUGGAGCUGCGUUAGUGGGAGAGUAAAACAGGGUAAUUAAGUAUUAUCAACUGAGUUGAUAACGUUAACUGGCCAAUGUAAAGAGUCUCAAAGCUAACUUUUCGAGCGUUUCAAUCGCUCUGACGGAGGGCAAACGCUCGAAACGUCAGUUUCGGUGGCCAGUUUACGUUAUAAACUCAGCUGAUAAAACUUAAUAACCUUAUUCGUAUGAAGAACUGAUAAGACUCUGAUGCUGUAGCUAGAAGCGAUCGUGACACAUUACCUAUUGGUAUUUCCGGCCUUGUUUUGAAGGAAGUUUUAAUAACUUAUCACAGCACUCUUUGUAUAGAAGUAUUUUGAGGGCCAGUUAACUGAUUUCAUCCUCGGGAUUUUCCCAGGAAAUUACCUUACAACUGCGAUGAAGCAUAGCAUACAAGAGAGAGCAAUAAAGUUCAGUGCAACCAGUUAAAUUGCGCUUACAGUAGAGUUGUAGAGGAUUCCAAUUCAAAUCUGCUAACAUAUGUGUUGUUUUUAGGUGCUUGACAAAUACUCUCCCCCAGACCACUAUCUGCCCGAGUCCUACACCUGCUUCUUCCUUCUGAAGAUGCCGAGAUACUCGUGUCAGCGUGUGCUCUGUGAGAAGCUCAAGUACGCUAUCCACUUUUGCAAGUCAAUAGAUUCUGAUGAUUACGCCAGGAUUGACCUGACAGGCGAACAGGCUGAGGAAUACGAUACUGACGUGGAGGCGUUUUAGCUGCAAAUCUUUGAAAAAAAGUUUAAUCAUAAUGCGGUGAAUUAACAGCACAUGACCUUUUAAUUUUAUGGUCUCCAUGUAGAUUCCUUCUUCAAAGCCAGGUAUGGCUUUUAGUGGAUUAAUUGUUGGGAAAAGGAUAAUUUUCUAGAUAAAAAAUUUUAUGCCAAAUGUAUUGUUUUCGGCUCAAUGGAGUCACAGAUCGAGGAUAAAAUUUGUAUUACGCUUGGUUCCGCGCUCACAUCUUCCGAAAUUUUUCAAAAUGCUGGUGUAGAUGUUGGAAGAAAAAUUGCGGGCCAUGUUUGCGCCUGUGCACGGGAGUGUCUGCUGUAACUUAUGUAGAGUCCCACCGUCAGAUUUACUCUACUGUGAUGGUACUUCGACAAUUCAUUGUAUACUCUUGCCCCGAAUGUUUGUGGUGGAGUUAAUAUAAUAUGAAAAAAUGUUCCGAGCUCGAGAAUAUUACAAUUAUAGAAAUGUAAUCCUAAGUUAUUAACAUGUGUGAACUAUUUUUAAUUAAGUGUAUCAGUGUGUGAAUUGUUUCAUUUAUAGUUACAAUGUUUUUCGUUGUGUUCUCAAAAGAACUAGUGGAAUACAGUGAAGAAUAACAAUAAAUUUGAAUUGUGA